GGCGGGCAGGCGGCGCGGCGCUCCAAGCGGCUCCGGCCAGCAGGGCAGGCAGGCGGGCGCGCAGGCCUCGUCGGCGCCUCGUGGGGAGCAGGCCUCGCGCGCCCCUAGUGGCCGUGGCCGCCGCCGCCGCGAGUGGGACGCCUCCCGCUGCCGGGCGCCAGCGCGCGACCUCGCGGCUCGGGCAGCUGCAGCGACGGGCUGCAAAUCCGCGGGGCGGGCGGGCAUCUCGCGGCGAGUUCCCCGGGCAGCGCGGGGCUGCCCAUCGCUUCCCCCCAAGCAGGCAAGUCCGUGGCCGAGGAGCCGCCGGGCGGCGCGCGGGUCGCGAUGAUGCUCCCGGAGGCGCUCGGGGAGAGCUUGUCCCCUUCCUCGGAGGCGAGCGAGCGAGCGAGCGCGCGGCUGGGCUCGGCUAAGGCACGCGAGGCUGGCUGGGUCGCUGGCGCUGCGGCCACCUCCGCGCGGAGCUUGGCUUGGGCACCGGCUCUGCCAAGGCGCCGGAGCUCCGCCUCCCUCUCCCCGGGCAGCGAGGACGACGGCGAGGAGGAGGCCAGCCGGGAGGGAGCGAGCGCGGAGAGGGAGGCGGCGGCGGCGGCGCGCGCGCGCGCGAGGAGCGGGGGGGGGGGGCGGCGAUGCAAGCCCUGGGCUGCGCUUCCCCUGCACUUCCUCCUCACACACACCGAGAGAGCAGCUCCGGCUCGGACACAGCCCGGCUCGGCGCGCGCCCCGGCAGCAGCGGCUGCUUGGCUGGGCUCGUGGCGCGGACGAGCGGGGCAGGCGGGCAGGAGGGAGGGCUUCCUUCGGGUGGAAGGGACUGAACGGAGCGGCGCGGAUUUGGAGCGGAGCGCGACGGCGCGGGGGGCUCGGAGAGCCCGGCUGCUGGCGGAUUUGCUGCGGAGAGCAGCGGGCAGGCGGCGGGAGGCGAAGAUGCCCGGCGAGGAGCGGCGAGCCAGGAGGAAGCCCCGGGCGCCGCGAAGUAAGGGAGCGCGGCGCGGCGAGCAGGCGGGCGGGCGGGCAGCCGGGAAGCGGCCAGGGCGGACCCCGCGGCGGAGCACCGCGCUCGGCUCGCGGCUGUGUCGGAAUGCGGGCGCCGGGCUGGAGGGAAGCGAGCAAGGCAGGCGCCCGCUCGAGGCUGCGGGUGGCGGGAGCAGAGGCGGGCGAGCAGCCGCGCAGCUCCCCGAAGAGGGACGGGCGAGGGGUGGGUGGAGGGGCGAGGAUGGGGAUACUUGGUAGGCAGCUUGUGGGGGUCAAGUUUUUGCUCCAGCCGGCAGGCGACUCGCCUGCGGUCCUGCGCCGGGUCCUUCUUCCUCUCGCCGCAUCCAGCUGCUUCGCCCCCCCCCCUCCGAGCUGCGGCGCCUCUCUUGCUGCUCUCCCUCCCGGAGCCAAUUCGAUUCAUUCUCUCUCCCCCCCCCCGCGCCCCUCCUUUUCGGCACCCUAUUUUUUCACGGAUCGGGGUCUCAAUGAAUCUUUUCCAAUCUGCGGAGACUGGAGCGCCCCCGAAAUCGGAAGCAGCUCCUGGGGGGAGGCAGUGAGGGCUCCGCACACAUUGCUACCCCCCUCCCGUUACAGGCGAGAAGCAGCGGGGGGGGGGGGACGACAGGGAGGCGUUUGUGGGCGACGCCUGGCUUCCCCCCGAUGGCUGCACCCCGAUGCGCUGUGUGCGCCCCCUCCCGGAUCAGAAAGGGGGGCAAGUAGUCGGGCUCCGGCCAGGACCCAAGCACCCUCGCCUCCUGCCACUUGUUGGGUGCUGGGGGUGGGGAGAACUCCGCUUCGCUCGUGUGCCCCCCCCCCGCCCCGACGCCUGCCCCUGCCCCGGAAUGCCCUGCCUGUGUGCGGGCUCCGGGGACGUGGCAUCCCUGCAAGCGCCUUUUCGGACUGCGCGUGUUUUGCUGGUGCGGCGAGGGGGGGGGGGCGCGGGCGGGCGAGGCUGGCAGCUGCCCUGGCUGGCGCUCGUGCUUCGCUCCUGCGCGCGGAUGGCCGAGGCGGCAAGCGCGCCUCCUCUUCCCCGGGUGAAAAGUGCGUUGCAUUCUCGCCCUUGCCAGGUCCCCCCUCCCCGCGCGCUCUGUCCGGGCAUUGCUGCUCCGGGGUUGGGGUCUCGAGGAGCGCCUGCACGGGAAAGGGUGCUGCCGCGCAGCGGGUUCGGGUGUAGAUGCGCCUCCUUCGGAGAGAGACCCCGAGGAGUGCUUGGGAAAGGAGCAGAAGGCAGCCCAAGGGAAGGCUGGGGAAUACGCACGGAAGAGGAGGAAGGCGAACGGGGUGCGUGUGCAUGCAAGAGCGGACAGGUCUGAGGUGAACUUCAGGUGUUGGGCAUGUAAAGGAAGUGGGCAUGCAUGGCUGGUGGAGACCCGGGUUUCUGCGCUGGCGUACGCUUUCGGUGAGAACUCGCGUCCGUAGCAUGUCGUCGGUGAAUCGGCGUGUGUGUGCGCGCAGAUGAAGUAUGAUGGGUGGAAGAGGGGGAGACGUGGAAGGUGCACAGAAAAGAGGCGCCCCUGGGUAUCCCGGGGGGUGAGGCAGGCUGGAAAGAUGUGGCGGUGGCGGUGCAUGUACUUUCCUAUGGAGGAGGGGCAUGUGAUGCGUGUGUAUCCUAUGAGGAUGUUCCUAGGAGUGAGGGAUGUGUUAGGUGUGCCCUGCGAGAGGGGCUGUAUGGAUUUGAUUGUGCAAAAAGCCAUUUACUGUGUUGUUGCCGGAUUACUUGUUGCCAUUCGCUCUUAACCCGACCUCUUUGAGGGGCUGGAAGGGUGGGGUGAGGCGGAGUCCCCUUUAUAUGCAGCCUUGUAUGCAGAUGCUAACUAUGAAUCAUGCUCUAUUUUCCUCUUCCCGUUUGUGGUUACUGUAAGUUUCUAGUCCAGCAACUGGGGACCUCUCAUUUUCCCAGCGCUAGUACUGAAUGUUUCUUAUGUGUUACCCAACCAAUGAUUAUUUUUAAAAAAACAAAACUGCAGCAACAUCCAAGCAUUCUUUCCAACACAAUAUUUGAGACCAGAGAAUAAGUUUGUGCCUUUUAUCUGUCAUCACUACGUGAAUUAGGUAGCUGCUGUUUUAAGGGUUUUGUAUCGUUGUGCACAGCACAAUCUGAUUUCGACCCCAAGCCCUAAUUCUCAUUUGUGCUUCCUGGUGUUCCUGAGUGUGUGUUCUGUUGGCCAGAGAGCUUUUAUUCUGGGAUGUUUCCUGUGCACAGUGUUUUCAGUGUAUGGCUUUCAUCCUAUUGCAUCUUCUAGUAAGGUAGAGGGGUUUGAUAUUUUGAUAGGGAAGUUAUGAGUUAACUGCCAUUGCCAGCUGCUGGUGACCCCAAGGGGUUCUAGGACUCGACUUCUAAAGAAAUCUUUAUUGCUUUCUGAGUUGCCUUAAGGCAGAUCUGUUAUCUCUGUGUUUCCCAGAAUCAAAUGCUACAAAAGACCACCACCACUGUAUCCCUAUAGGCAGAAUGUGCUUCCAAAUAGGAGCCAGGAGGCCUAAGCCCUGCUGAAUAAUUUUGUAUAUGCUAAUGUGUUUACACCUAAAUGAGUUGGAGAAUGGUCUUGCUAAGCCAGUUGUAAGAGGAAGGAAAAAUUGGUCUAACAAAGCCAGGUGUAGAUAGCAGGUGCUUUCAUUGGGGAUUUGAAAGCAUCUCAGCCAGCAUAGGCCUUUGGCCAAAAGUCUGGGUUGCAACAAAUCAGUGGGACCUACAGGGCAAAAGACUAGGUCAUGGAUCAUGGGCCAAAGCCAUAAUCCUCAGCCCCAGCCAACAUGGCCAUGCUUAGGGAUGGGAGUGGUCUUCCAGAAUUCCUGGUGUGCACGCUGUUGGCGGCCUCUGGACCCAGAGCUGGAUUAAGACAUGCUGAGGCCCUAAGCUAUGGCAGUUUUAAGAGGCCCCUGAGCGUUACCCAGACUGUAUUAUUCUAACAAGAAGGACAAUGAAAAUAGAAAUAAUGAACUAUUGUAUUUGUAUACAUGCUGAUGCAUAGGCUAGGAUGGAACUAAAAACUAACAAUCUUGCACAUCUUGCAAUAAGCCUGCUUGCUUAUGAAAAUACCAUAUGAUUUAUUAGUAUAUAUUAAAACAAUAUUAUUAUUUCUGAAUAGAUAUAAAAACACAACAUGACAAAUUAUUGUGUAGCCAUUGAAUAUAUUUCAUCAUAUCAGAAUGAGUUUGUUUUCCUAUUUCCUUCAUUAACCAAUUAUGCAAAACUCCAGAUUUAGGUUAGUUUAGUUUGUUUUUUACUUAGAGGCCUCUCAUAAUCUGAGGCCCCAAGCUGCAGUUUAUUUUGCUUGUGCACAAAUCCAGCACCGACUAGACUAGGCAAGCAGCUCGACAAGGUUAAAGCUCUGACCCUGACUCUGGCUUAGAAGCGUUGCAGAAGGAGCCUAACGAAGUGGUGGAGCUGGAUUUGUUAGGCAAGAGCUUUGGCUUGUUCUGUUUGUUUUUUUUCUUCUCCUGGAUGAAAUGUGGCUUCUCUAAGAUCGCACAAAAAUAAUAAGAAAUGCACUAUUGUGAGACGAUGAAUAGUCUGUGUUGAAGGCUGGUGUUGAGCUGGUGUGUGUUGAGCAUCAUUCUGCAGGAAUGCUGCAAGGGCUUAAGCUCAUAAUGCACAUGCGUGCUCAUAUUGUACAGGGACAUGGAUAGAGAGGAUGUGUAUGGAUGUGCUUGUUUCUACUGGGUAUGCACAUGUAUGAAGUAAUCAACAAUGAAUUUCUCAAGGGCAAAUGCGGUGCAGAAUCCGUGGGCCCCUUUACUGUGACAACUCACGCUGCAGCCUUGACCAUUCUUUAGCCAGGUGUGGCUCAAAAUAUGGUGCUUGAGGUGGAAAUGCAAAAUGGUGACUUUAUUUUAGUAAUUAAGAAUGGUUACAAUCCACUGGCAAGUUCCUUCGGGAACUUCUCAAUGCCCAGAGUCAGCUAUCUUCCUUUGCCUGCAUCUGGUCAGAUUGCACAGGUAAUUACGUUAGGAAAUGCAAUUAUUUCAUUUUUAUCCCAUGAAGUCCUAAUGCGAUGGACUUUAAGGAAGGCUUGGCUAUCCUAUUUCCACAUUUCUGCUGUUGCUAGGCUCUGAAUUGAAUUGGCAGUAGUAUGAGUUCCUUUUUCUGCUCCCUAUUGCAGGCCUACCAUGUUGGCUGCAUCAUUAGAUGACUGAAAUGCAGUUCAGGAAUUGCUUGGCUAUCUGCUUUCUUGGGUUUUGUUAAAUGUUUAGAAGUGGAGCUCUUUGUUUUAACAGGGUUCCUUCCAUUGCAUUGGCCUAUACUGGGCACUAAGUACAAAGUAUUUCUGGGUGAUUCGUGUUGCAAAACAUUGCCCUGUAUUGUAGCAUGCCUCCUUCCACUUUAUCCUCUUGCAAAUCCCUCCCACAUUUUGGCUUUCUCUCAUUUCCUCACGGCACCACUGCCCCCUCCCUUUUCACUGCCCAUCAGGAUAUAAUCUCUAUAGUUUACAGACAACCACCCCCAUCCUAUCUGAGGGGCAGAGUCCAUACGUUUCACGUACAAGGUGGAUUGAAAUCAAACAUCCGCAGCAAUAAAGGUCUAAUAGUAGGGCCUGCUUCAAAGUUUAUCCUGGGUGGGGAGGGGGCAAGGUUGGCUGCCCUAUGAAGGAGGUCCAGUUCCAUUGCAGCUACAACCCCCACCCCCUCCCAAUAUGCAGGGCUAUCUCUGUGCUGUAUUUAUUUUGACUGUUGUUUCUAAGGGCAUUUGCUUUGCUCUAUUCUGGUUUCUGUCCUGGUUUUUAAUUGGUUUUGUGUAUUUUAUUCUGAUUAUUAAUUGGCUUUGUGUAUUUCCGUGAUUCUUUUCUAAAAAAGAAAUGCUUUGUUGAAUUCAAUUCUUCCCCGAAUGUAUCUAUACCAACUAGUUGCCAUAAUAGCAUUUUUUAAAAAUUGCCUAGUGCCUUCGGUGCCUUAUUUCUGGAAAAUUCUGAACAGUUCUUCAGAAACAUGCAUAGGACCAGACUGUAAGCCCUACUUUGUUCAGUGGGACUUCUUUCCAAAUAGUUGUCCAUAAAACCACAGCCUUAAACUCCACAUACAUGAUCUUGCUUAGUAUCUUUACAUAUGUAAGACCCUAAUGAAGUUAUAACUAAAUGAAAUUAGGAUUAUAUCCAAGUAGAUAAAAGCCAAGCAGAAAACACUUAGAAUACUCCAAUACAAAAGACAUGUGGACUGACCUCCAAAGGUUCCCUAUUGCUCCUAGAUCAGGGGUAGGCAACCUAAGGCCCAGGGGCCAGAUGCGGCCCAAUCGCCUUCUCAAUCUGGCCCGUGGAUGGUCUGGGAAUCGGUUUGUUUUUACGUGAGUAGAAUGUGUCCUUUUAUUUAAAAUGCAUCUCUGCGUUAUUUGUGGGGCAUAGGAAUUUGUUCAUUAUUAUUUUUUCCAAAAUAUAGUCCAGCCCACCACAUGGUCUGAGGGACGGUGGACCAGCCCAUGGCUGAAAGAGGUUGCUAACCCCUUUCCUAGAUUGUCCAAAAGCCCCGUGCAGUUGCAACUCAGUACAGACCCAGUUCACAUGGUAUGCUAAGCCAAUCGAUGUGGGUUCCUUCCUACAGGGGAGAUUACUGCUGCUUUGCUGCUCCUCAGUGCCUGUUGCUGCACCACUGUGAGCUAAGCCAUGGUUAGGCUUAGUGUGUCAUUGGAACCUGGGCUCAUAGUUUCCCUUACUCCAGACAAAUGAUGAGCUAUAGCCACGGUUUGUUUUAUGGCUUACUGCUCGUGGGUUUUUUUGUAGGAGACAAAUCAUGAACCUAGGUACGGAUGAUAUGCUGAACCAAACCAUUGCUUAGCUCUCAGUGAUGCAGCAGGAGGACCCAAGUAGGAGCAAAACAGCUGUGGUCUCUCUGGGAAUGCACAUGCUCUUGCAUUUAUGCUAAGUCAGGGUUUUGGUUACCAUGAUGUGUGAACUGGUGGAAAGCAAAAGCUUGUGUAUUUUGAUUAGGAAUCAUAACUAUUUUUUGACCUGUGCAUUUAUAAUCCCCAUUUGCAGCAUACUUUUAGCAAUGCUGUGAAUCUUAUUAUACUGUUUUAUUAGCUGCUGCUGCUGCUGCUACGAAACAUUUUGUGCUACUUUUUAUUGUUUAUUGCUGGUUUGUCAUUACAUUUUAAUGCUAGAUUGUUGUAAGCCACCCAGGUAACAUUGCUACCGGGUAGCACAUAAGCACUGCAAACAAUUAAACAAUUAAAUAUUCACAGUUUGAGAGCUCAACACAUUGCAGAGGCCAGGUAGUUAGGUGGAAGGAAUAAAACAAGGACAUAAGAUUAUCAAUAUGUGUUUCGUGCAGUGAUGGGCCCUCUAGAUAUUUUUGAACUACAAUUUCCAUUUCCAUGACCAUUGGCUAUGCUGGCCUGGGGCUGAUGGGAGUUGGAGUCCAACAUUUGAAGGGCCCUAGUUUAGUGGAUGAUGCAGGUGGGAUAUAGGAUGGCAUUUCUGGGAUCUUUUCAGGGCACAGUAGGUAGCUGAGGAGAAGGGAAUUAAAAGCCAAGAGAGGAGUAUUGGGGUCUGCAUUGCUGCAGAGCAAGCAAUGGCACAUAUUGCCUUCAGCUCACCUUUAGCUCCUUCUUGUUGUAUGAGUGUGUGUAUGCCUGGUGCUUGGUCAACUUCCUGAUACAAAACAGGAAAAAGGAUUGGGCUGAGAAAGUGCUGGGUCAGGCAGGGUUAGCAAAGAAAGGAGUCUAGUGAAAGGAAAUGGGCAGGAAUAGGGAGGCAGCUAACCAGGAGAAAGUAAACGGAGCAGGCAAAAGGGACUAGGAGGAAGGACUAGAGAAGAAGAGUUUGGAUUUGAUAUCCUGCUUUAUCACUACCCGAAGGAGUCUCAAAACAGCUAACAUUCUCCUUUCCCUUCCUCCCCCCGCAACAAACUCUCUGUGAGGUGAGUGAGGCUGAGAGUGUGACUAGCCUAAGGUCACCCAGCAGCUGCAUGUGGAAGAGCAGGGAAGCGAACCCGGUUCACCAGAUUAUGAGUCUACCGCUCUUAACCACUACACCACGCUGGCUCUCAUCUCGGGGGGCAGGAGGGACCGAGCAAGGGAAGGAGGCCCCUGGGCUGAGAAGCGUUCCCCACCUCUCAAGUCCAGCAGGCAGCCUUAUCCACGCAGCAUUUUCUGCCCCUUCCUGGUUCUACCCUGGUAUCGUGCCAUCCAAAAGCUCCUGUCAAAUCCAGUGAGGCAGGGAAGUGGGGCUGAGCAGCUGGAUCUCGCUCAGACCUGGACGGGAACAAUCUGUCUUUGCUGGCUGUUGCUAGGCAACAACUCCCACUGAGGUCCUUUCAAAUGUAAAAAGAAAUCACAAGUAGCUCUCGGUUUGCCUAUUAUUAUUAUUAUUAUUAUUAUCUGUAAGUUUGCAUCCACAGAUCAAACCAAUUACUAGCUGCUUCCCAUUUGGGUAUCUUGGGUAGUUCCAAGACAGCAAUGAGUACAAAUUCUAACUAAAGUCUCAUGAUAAAGACCCAGAGCACUUAUGACUGCUAAGAAGGGUUUAAUUAGCAGUGAUGCCUUAUCCAAGGCAUUUUGGUGUCUGAUGUGGAAAACCUAAAUGGCUAGUUAUUUAUUUUAUUAAAUGUAUAUCGUGCCCUUCUACCCAAAGAAGCCCUAUUCUCUCCCAAAUGGUCACAAUUCACCAGGAAAUCGGUUGACUGAUUUAACUUAUAUGCCACUUUCCCACAUUGAGCUGUGCACAAAGCAGCUUACAGUAAACGCUGAAAACAUUCAAAUAGAGGACAUUGGAAAUACAAAUAUAUAGACUAUGUAAGAAAUGCAAAUAUAUAAAAUGUCAAAAAUCAACAGUUCAGCAAACAAUAAAUUAAAUAUUACAAAAAAAAACCAAUCUAGGCUGAAGUAUAUAAAUACAAAGCAAAAACGAUAGAUAGCCAACCAUAAAGUUUCUGCUACUGGUCUUGCUGCACUCCAAGUUCUCCUGCACAAGUCCUGUUCAAAUAAUCAGUAACUAGUGCGCCAUAAGUCAUCACUGUUUCCCAUUCCAUUGCCCAAAGGCAACUGCAGCCAUUUUUCCAGGGUUUGUGUGUGCAAAGUACAUGCAUGAGUGUACAAAACUAGAUCUGUUGAGUAAGUGGCAGUGAAGCCUGGGCAGCAAAUCUACCAAGCUGGGUAGACCUGGUCCCCAAGACACGUGUACCACACCUACUCUUCCAUUGUGGCUGACCUGCUGUCCAGGCAUCAAUUUUCAACCCAGAGCAAAAACAACUAUUCCUGAAAAACAGCAGCAGGAACAAUAACAAAACCCAUAGCAAUGGUUCAUAUUUAGGAAGAAAAGGCUAGAGAGAAAAACCUCCUGGUUCAUUCCCUGGUGAAGAAGUGAUUGCUGCCCCAAAGGGCAAGAGCAAAUCCAGAAAUUCAGCAUUUGAGAGUAGCUGUGAUUGGGUAGUAGUGUUUGUACCCAAAAUCAAAGGAAAAAAAUGACAGCAGGAUUAAUGAUUUUCCUUAGUCAGAUCUUACUUAAUGCCCCACCCCCCAGUUUAUUUUUAAAAAUAAAUAUGUUGGGGAAUAAGCACCGAUAAACGCCAUCGUUUUUAUUCAGGAGCUGGGCUUAUGGUUUAGAGAGUACAAGUUACACCAGCCCUGCAAAAUAGUUCAGUGUUGGAUCCUUUUUGUUGGGUAAUGUAUGACCGCCCUGCAAUUUAGUCCUGUAAUAAUAAUAAUAAUAAUAAUAAUUCUAUUAUUUGUACCCCACCCAUCUGACUAGGUUGCCCCAGCCACUCUGGGAGUCUUCCAGCAAAUUGUCAAACCAAAGUAAAACAUCACACAUAAAAAAACUUUCCUAUACAGGGUUCGCAUUCAGAUAUCUUCUCAAAGUCAGAUACAGUGGUACCUCGGGUUACAUACGCUUCAGGUUAUAUACGCUUCAGGUUACAGACCCCGCUAACCCAGAAAUAGGGCUUCAGGUUAAGAACUUUGCUUCAGGAUGAGAACAGAAAUCGUGCUCCAGCGGCGUGGCGGCAGCAGGAGGCCCCAUUGGCUAAAGUGGUGCUUCAGGUUAAGAACAGUUUCAGGUUAAGUACAGACCUCCGGAACGAGUUACCGUAUUUUUCGGACCAUAGGACGCACUUUUUCCCCUCCAAAAAUGAAGGGGAAAUGUGUGUGCGUCCUAUGGAGCGAAUGCAGACUCCUCGGCUUCAGCGAUAGCAAUCGCGAGCCUCCGAAGCCUGCGCUCCGGAGGCUUCGCGUUGCUCCGCUGAAGCCAGGAGAGUCUGCUCUUUGAGGCUGGCGGUGGGGAAGCAGCGCUCCCCAUCGCCAGCCCCAGAGGAUGGGGGCAGCGGAAGGCACGCGACGCCUUGCCGCUACCCUCCAACCCGGCUCGAGGCUGGCGGUGGGAAGCAGCGCUCCCCAUCGCCAGCCCCAGAGGAUGGGGGCAGCGGGAAGGCGCGCGACGCCUUGCCGCUACCCUCCAACCCGGCUGAGGCUGGCGGUGGGGAAGCAGCGCUUCCCCAUCGCCAGCCCCAGAGGAUGGGGGCAGCGGGAAGGCGCGCGACGCCUUGCCGCUACCCUCCAACCCGGCUCGAGGCUGGCGGUGGGGAAGCAGCGCUCCCCAUCGCCAGCCCCAGAGGAUGGGGGCAGCGGGAAGGCGCGCGACGCCUUGCCGCUACCCUCCAACCCGGCCGAGGCUGGCGGUGGGGAAAGCAGCGCUUCCCCAUCGCCAGCCCCAGAGGAUGGGGGCAGCGGGAAGGCGCGCGACGCCUUGCCGCUACCCUCCAACCCGGCUCGAGGCUGGCGGUGGGGAAGCAGCGCGUCCCCCAUCGCCAGCCCCAGAGGAUGGGGGGCAGCAGGAAGGCGCGCGACGCCUUGCCGCUACCCUCCAACCCGGCUUCGAGGCUGGCGGUGGGGAAAGCAGCGCUUCCCCCAUCGCCAGCCCCAGAGGAUGGGGGGCAGCGGGAAGGCGCGCGACGCCUUGCCGCUACCCUCCAACCCGGCGGCGGGGCUGGCGGUGGGGAAGCAGCGCUUCCCCAUCGCCAGCCCCAGAGGAUGGGGGCAGCAGGAAGGCGCGCGACGCCUUGCCGCUACCCUCCAACCCGGCUCGAGGCUGGCGGUGGGGAAGCAGCGCUUCCCCAUCGCCAGCCCCAGAGGAUGGGGGCAGCAGGAAGGCGCGCGACGCCUUGCCGCUACCCUCCAACCCGGCUCGAGGCUGGCGGUGGGAAGCAGCGCUUCCCCAUCGCCAGCCCCAGAGGAUGGGGGCAGCGGGAAGGCGCGCGACGCCUUGCCGCUACCCUCCAACCCGGCUCGAGGCUGGCGGUGGGAAAGCAGCGCUUCCCCAUCGCCAGCCCCAGAGGAUGGGGGCAGCGGGAAGGCGUGCGACGCCCUCCCGCUACUCUCCAACCCUCCUUUGGGCUUUGCGGGAGAUGGGGAAUUCCCCACCUCCCGCAAAAGCAGGCAAAGCCGCGCGCUCUUUAAAGGGCUCCGCGGCUUUUCUAGGAGGUGGGGAAUUCCCCACCUCCUAGAAAGCCCGCAGGAGCCGCACACCCUCUAAAGAGCAAGCGGCUCUUGGGGCUUUUCCCAAGGAGGGAGAAGGGACUGACUGGCCGAGUCAGUCCCUUCUUCCUCCUGCGGGCUUUGGGGAGAUGGGGAAUUCCCCACCUCCCGCAAAGCCCGCAAAGCCUCGUGCUCUUUAAAGGGGCUCCGCUGGCUUCUGCUGGCUUUUCUACGAGGGGGAAUUCCCCACCUCCUAGAAAAGCCUGCAGGACCCGCGCACCCUUUAAAGAGCGCGCGCUCUUGGGGCUUUCCCCGAGGAGGGAGAAGGGACUGACUGGCCGUUUCAGUCCCUUCUCCUCCUGGUCGAAAAAGCCCGCAGGAGUCGCGCGGGCUCCUGUGGGCUUUGCGGGAGGUGGGGAAUUCCACCACCUCCCGCAAAGCAGGGAGCAGGUCUGGGAGUAGCGGGCAGGCUGCGUGCAGCCUGUCCGCUGCUCCCAGAGCUGCGGGGGGGGAAAUCAUAUUUUUUUCCUUGAUUUCCCCCCCUGAAAACUAGGUGCGUCCUAUGGGCCGGUGCGUCCUAUAGUCCGAAAAAUACGGUAAGUACUUAACCCGAGGUACCACUGUAGUUGUUUAUCUCCUUUGCAUCUGAUGGGAGCACAUUCCAAAGGGUGGGCACCACCACCGAGAAGGCCCUCUGCCUGGUUCCCUGUAUCUUCACUUCUUGCAGUGAGGAAACUACCUGGAGGCCCUCAGAGCUGGAUCUCGGUGUCCAGGCUGGAUGAUGGGUGUGGAGACAUUCCUUCAGGUAUACUUGGCCGAGACCGUUUAGGGCUUUAAAGGUCAGCACCAACACUUUGAAUUAUGCUCGGAAAUGUGCUGGGAGCCAAUGCAGGUCUCUCAGGACCAGUGUUAUAUGGUCCUGGCAGCCACUCCCAGUCACUAGUCUAGCUGCCGCAUUCUGGAUUGGUUGUAAUUUCCAAGUCACCUUCAAAGGUAGCCCCACGUAGAGCGCAUUGUAGUAGUCCAAGCGGGAGAUAACCAGAGCAGGUACCCCUCUAGUGAAACAGUGCGCAGGCAGGUAGGGUCUCAGCUGGCGUACCAGAUGGAGCUGAUAGACAGCUGCCCUGGACUCAGAAUUAACCUGUGCCUCCAUGGACAGCUAGGAGUCCAAAAUGACACCAAGGCUAUUCACCUGGUCCUUCAGGGUAGGGUUGCCAUAUGUCCUCUUUUUCCAAGACAUGGCCUCUUUUUCAUGGGUAGAGUCGUCAUAGCGAUCCAUAGUUAAAAGUAGAGGUCAGCAAAUGUGUCCUCUUUUCUGCUCAUCAAAAUAUGGCAACCCUACUUUAGGGGCACAGUUACCCUCUUGAGGACCAGGGGCUCCCCCACACCUGCCCUCCCCGUGUCCCCCAGAAACAGUACUUCUGUCUUGUCAGGAUUUAACCUCAAUCUGUUGAACGCCAUCUGAGUAAAACCUUUACAGGAGAUCUUGGAGUCCUUAUUAGACCCCAAUAGUGAAGGUGGUUCUGUUAAACUUUGAAACACCUGAAAGAGUCUCCUGGAACUGUUUUCUGUGGAUGCAAUAGAGGUGGCGAAUAAAUUUUCUUUGCUAUCGCCACUAGGUAGGCUCUCACCCAUUGAGCUCUCACCCGUGUUUGGUCCGAUAUGAAAUGAGUUUUUCGCUACCAGCAUUCUAGCCUUCUCAGUCAUGACUCAGCCCUGGGGAAAACCUUGAGGCCAUCUGGGGUCCAUGCAAUUGAGAGGGCACUUUGGAGCCAGACAGUUGAUAGCCCUGUUUAACUCUGCAUUCCAUCAGGCCACCAGGGAAUCAGCUGAGAGGCCAUCAACCUGGGAAAAUUCAUUCCCUACCACUUUCUGGAAGCCAUUUGGAUCCAUUAAGUGGCGGGGGUGGGCCAUUCAAAUCUGUCGCCCCUCCCUGUGGAAAGGAAGGGUCACAGAAAAGUCUAGUUGCAGCAGGAAGUGAUCUGACCAUGGCACUUCUUUUGUUCUACUGGAACUUAGUGUUAGAUCACCCACUUCCACAGAGGAAAAUGUCAAAUCUACGGCGUGUCCAUGACUAUUGAGUAGGGUCAGAUUUAUGCAAGGACAGACCCAUGGAGGCCAUGCUUUCCACAAUGUCUCAAGCAGCCCCUUGUAUGGCCAAGUUGGCAUGGAGGUUAAAAUCCCCUAGGACAGAGGUUUCCAAACUUUUUGAGUCCAUGGCUCCCUUGACCAGCUACAUUCUUUCUGUGGCACCCCUAUGGGGCCCAAGGAGCGCAGUUAUGUCACCCCUUGCCUGCAGAGCUGAUCGCCUCUCACCCUUUUUAAAACACCUCCCCUCAUCCUCCUCUCCUCUUCUCCUUGGGAGUCCUCCGCGUAGCUGCUGCUGCCAUACCUGGUCUCUGAGCUGCUCCCCCGCCCUGCCCCAGAGGCAUCAUUCGCCUGCCGAGCUUAUAGCCAGGGCUGCUGCAAUAAACAGGUGUGCAAGGUCGCAGCACCCCUGACCAUCAUUCAAGGCACCCCAGGGUGCCAGAGCACACUGGUUGAAAACCAUUGCCCCAGGACCACCAGGUUAAAUGUCUCCAGAACAACAGGCAGGGGAUCUUUGGUGCCGCAGGGAGGUUGGUACACCAUUAGGAAUCCUGUACUGCCUCUAUUGCCCAAAUUCCAGAACUAGUGUUAUACAAUCCAGAUAUAUACGGGUAAAGGUACCCCUGACCAUUAGGUCCAGUCGUGAACGACUUUGGGGUUGCGCGCUUAUCUCGCUCUAUAGGCAAGGGAGCCAGCAUUUGUCCACAGACAGUUUUUCCGGGUCAUGUGGCCAGCAUGACCAAGCCGCUUCUGGCAAACCAGAGCAGCUCAUGGAAAUGCCGUUUACCUUCCCGCCGGAGUGGUACCUAUUUAUCUACUUGCACUUUGAUGUGAUUUCAAACUGCUAGGUGGGCAGGAAAUCUAGAUAUGUAAUUAGAUAUAUAAUCUAAUUGCCAAAUGGCACCUUAAACCUAAGUUAGUCGCCACAGUGGAAUGUCUAGGUGGCAUUUCCCCACCACAACUGGAAUUUGUUGCUGUUGUUAGUUUCAUUUCUAUAGCAUUUUAUAUUUUAAAGAACAAAUCUCAAAGUGGUUUACAGCACAUUAAAACCUCAAAUAAAACAAUCCAGAAUAAAACAAAUUCAAGCUCCAAGGAAACUAUUUCAGAUCCUUAUCUGAGAGACAUUUUGCUCUUCCCAUUCACCAACCUGGCAUCCAGAGAUCUCCACAUGGUCACUGUUGGACCUGCCAGUUGUAAAAUGUGCCCAGCACUUGGCUAAUUUCUAACACUGUUCUAGAACAUGCACUCAGAGAACUGGGUCUCCUUAAUGGGACACCUGAUGAAAACUGAAGGCUUCCUAAAAACCACUGCAUUCACCUCUCCCUACCCACAUGACCUGGGCUGCUGUGUGUAAGAGAAACAUGGUAGACAAGCAGCAGCAAGAACAGGCCCAUCUGCUUCAUCCAACCAAGUCUCUGUUACAUGUGGUCAGUUCCCCCAGCCAUGAUCAAGUCAUGGAUGGCACUGGUUUUCUUGGUCAUUGACCUGGCGCUGCAGAGCAGCACCUUCAAGUCAUGUGGGACACCCUUGUUGACACCUGCAUCCUUCUGGGAUAGCCUUCAGAUAGUGACUAAACCUGCCUCCUUGGUAAUGCCAUGUUCUGGUCCUAGUGCCGCUCCUGCUGCUGACCAGGGUCACUGAGAUUGGGUGUUCCAUUGCUCCCAUCCUAGUGGUACCUGCCCCAUCCAUAAUAUUGGCUAGCAUUGUGUUGUUAUCCAGUCAGCUGUUGUGUGGUUUUGGUUUUUAAGGAAAUGCUGGGGGAGGGGGUAAUUCCCACCCCGAAAAAAUUCUCACAUAUGUUAGGGCAGGCUCUGUUUAAUUUGACACGAGGUUUGCUAUGACAAGGAUUAUAACUGCCUGUUUUCUAUUUUGCGAUAAUUGCCUGGGAAGUUGGUGUCGUAUCAUGUAUGGCUAGUGGAGUUAUUUAGAGGAGGAGGAGGAGGAAUGAUGAGUGGGAGGAAGUCUGGGUCAGUGAGACUGGUAAACAGGAUGGUAGGCAGAUGGUAUGUUGUGACUUCAAUGCGCUGCACACUGUUUGGAGGAAGUGAGUUUGGGUUGCACUUUGGCAUGUUAUUGGGUAGGCUGAGCUGAAGUUGGGUAAUGACUUUGUUUGAAUGUAAGCAAGAUAGCGUUUGAAGAUCCUUUCUGAGAAAGGAAUGUACUUUGUUUUGAGGCCAUGGAAGUGGGUGUGGAGGACACAAGUCUAAAUAGGAUGUCGGUGAUUGGGAUAAAUGGCAGCUGUGCCUUGCUCCCUGGAAAACAAAGGAUGUAUCACAAUCCAUUUCGCUUCUGGAAGUAUUUUAUGUAGCGGUGCAGUUGUUUGUGGGCACAGGUGCAUGUUGUACUUGUGAGUGGAGUAAGUAUUUCUAUUAAAAAGUUGCAAAUGUGUAAUGCAGGCACUUUUUUAAUUGAUGGAAAGGCUUUUAAUUUAUUGGUUUAACCAGUUUAAACACCCUUUAAGGACUAAAUCCUGAUUAACACAAUAAGAAUUACUUUUGAGCAAAAACAGGAUUUUGCAAACAUUUAGCAAUAUUAGAGUUGCACACGUGUCAGCUACAAUUUCACUUGAUUAAUCUACUGAUUAACCAAUGGAGGGCCAACUAUAAUAGUUGAGAAAUAAUUUUCAUCUUGGUUGUCUGUAUAUUAUGUGUCAUACCCUGUGUUGGUUCUGGAGAAUUAAUAUAAUGGAAAGGAAAAGAACAGAUAUCCUUCUUAUUUUUGUUAUCUUACAACUUCCUAUUUUCUUUUUUUAAAAGCACUUAUAUUAAAGUUUAAAGGUAAAGGUAAAGGUACCCCUGCCCGUACGGGCCAGUCGUGUCCGACUCUGGGGUUGCGUGCUCAUCUCGCUCUAGAGGCCGUGAGCCGGCGCCGUCCGAAGACACUUCCGGGUCAUGUGGCCAGCGUGACAAGCUGCAUCUGGCGAGCCAGCACCAGCGCAGCACACGGAAACGCCGUUUACCUUCCCACUAUAAAGCGGUCCCUAUUUAUCUACUUGCACUUAAGAGUGCUUUCGAACUGCUAAGGUGGGCAGGAGCUGGGACCGAACGACGGGAGCUCACCCCGCCACGGGGAUUUGAACCGCCGACCAUACGAUCGGCAAGUCCUAGGCACUGAGGUUUUACCCACAGCGCCACCCGCGUCCCAUAUUAAAGUUUAGUAAUAUGCAAAUUUUAUUUUUAGUAUUCUUCAUUGCAACUAGGUCUUUGGCAAAGCAGCAUAUUUUAGAAAUGUGUGCAUAAAUGCACACCUAACCCACAACCCUGGCUACUGCAGAGAAUACAGGACAAGACAGAACCCUGGCCUCCCCUGGUAUAUCAGCCCUUAGCAUUAUAAUGAUAAACACUAAGAGCUGGCCUACCAGGUCAGACCAGUGGCGAGUGUUGGGUGACAAGUACUCACUUUAUAUGCAGCUGGUUUUGGAAGUUACUGUACCUGUGGCUUCCAUUACUGAGCAACCACUACAAGGGAUCAGUCUGUGUCAGAAGUGCUGACUUCCUAAAUGUAGAACAGCCAACUGCUUGCUUAGGUAGCAAAGCAACAAUAACAAUAAGGAUAACAAUAAUUUUAUUACUUAUACCCCAGUCACUCUGGGCAGCUUCUAGCACAUAUACAAAUAUAAUAAAAUGCCAGACAUUAAAAACUUCCUGAUUUAUCUUUGAGUGAAACUUGUUGUGCAAAAAGGGUAUACAGGUGAUUUUCAACGUACGAUAGUUUACAUUUCUGGGACGGCACAUAAAGCCAAAAUUGCAUAUAGUCAAAACACAGUGGGUGCAAUGGCAGGUGGCCUUCCUUUUUAAUUUUUCUUUAAUUGCCAAAUGUGUAAAGCUCAAUGCAGACAAGUUAAAUGUGCAUAAGUUGCGAGUUAUCAGUAUCUGAUAAGAAGCUAAUAUCUCCUGUCUUAACUGGGUAGGUCGUACUUCUGUCAAUAUUGCGUCAAAAGUAUUUUGUCCAUGACGAGCUGUUUUAAGGAGCACUGCACUCAGAUGAAUUAGUCAUCCCACGCAACUACCUCUGGAAAGUGGCACAAGGGCUGUGCCACACAGUUUUUCCCACACCCUAUCAGGGUGACCACAUCUGGGAUGUUGCAAGAACUUAAUUACCGCUGAACUUUUUCCAAGCUGUGCCUUCCACUGCCUACUGUCUCAUUACCCAAGGAUCAGAGAACACACACUCUGGGAGCCAGGAAUAUGACAGCUUCCUUGGAAAAGGGAAAAACCUUGCCAGUCUUCUCCACACACACACACACCCCGCCGCCCAGCUGUUUGCAAAGUUAAGAUGCUGGAAGCCUCAUUUUCUGCUGGGGAUCAUGUAGAUUGUUAUUCAGCCCACCCGCCCCGCCCGAUCACCUGCAGAGAAAGAUGCUUGCAGCAAUGAUUCACCUUUCCUUUGCAAACAGUUGGGGGAAGGAGGGGGCCUGGUGGGAUUCUCCUGUUCUUGAAGGAGUGAUGUCUGCCACCCGCUGUGCACUGGCGCAUGUCUAGAGUCUGCAAUCCUCACACAGAACGGUAUCGUUCAAAACAAACUGGCCUCCUCUUAAUAUAGCCAAUGUACCUGAGAAAAUACUAUAUUUAACAAAAGUGUGUGUGGGGGGGAAUCCCAUCUUUAUUUAAAAAUGCCUCAGUCCACGAGAGGGCCAUGUGCACACUUGCUAGUUGCUACACUCCUUCCUCCUCCUCCUCUUCUUUUAAAAGUUUAAUCCAGAAAAUCUAUUUGAUAUUUAUUAAACUUAGUUUCUCCAGUUACAGUUUUGCAUUGUACAAAGCAUUUUAAUGACACAGUACUUAAAAAGAUCUUUACAAAUUGAAAUGUGAUACCCUUUCCUCCAAAUAUUUAAUUGCCAUAAAUUUGUUUAAAAAUACACAUUAAAUGCAUAUUUCAGACACUAAACCUUCUAUAAUCUCAAUACCACAAAAUACAUAGACAUACUAUUCCGGGGGGGGGGGGGGGAGGAAUCUAGUUAGUAUAUAAUAUUUUGCUCACCCUUAACAUACAUGAAAUGUACAUACUGACUUAGAAAUCCUAAUUUGGAGCCCCAAAGUACCCUUUUAAAAUUUCAAAUAUUUUGCAAAGUCAAGUAAAUGUUCUUCUUCUGAACAUUGGGGCUCCAUUGGGCCUAUACAUUCUGGAAAUAAUGGAAAUGUUUAGAAUUGGAUGCAUUUUAGUUUGGCAAAUGUAACCUUGAUAACUGGGGGUGGAGUCAACUCUGUCUCCAUUCAUGUUAUUUCUCCUCAGAAGCAUGGGUGACUCCAGCUAUAAUGCUCUAAAAAUCAGGGAAGGAUGGUUCCCUUUCAAUUUUGCUGCAUAGGUUUGAUCUACCUAAGGGCAGGCCAUCAGACCUUCCUCUAGAUCCUUCCAUCACAAACACCUCUCUGCUUCCCCAAAGUACCACAGCCUCCCCUAAUCUGCAGACCUUCAGAUGUGUUGGACUACAACUCCCAUGGGCUUCAGCCAUCAUGACCAUGCCAGCUGGGCCUGAUGGGAGUCAUAGUCAAAAACAACUGGCGGGUACCAGGAUGGCAAAGGCUGCACUGCCCAAAAAAUUAGUUCAUUACACUUCUGUGCCACUCUUCCUUCCAAAGGGGAGCCCAAGAUGGCAAACAUUGAAGUGUUAAAGUGACACAAUUGAAGAUAAGAUAAAAACAUAUUUAAAGCAGUUAAAAACUCCACUGCUGAUCAUAGAGUCCCAAGAUGGAGGAGAUGCAGGAGAGCUACUCCAUCAAGGACUUGAGUCCCAAGCCGUGUAGGGCUUUCUGUGCUAGUGCUAACACUCUGAAUUGGGCUCAAUAGCCCACUGGCAGCCAGGGCAGAGCUUUUGCAGCUGGCAAGAUACGGUCCAUUUGGGCUGCUCCAAUGACCAACCUAGCAGCCUUAUUCUUGUGUAGUUGCAUGGGCAGGGUCUAAAUAAAAUUAGUAGUAGUAGUACUUUCUGGUGAUGAUUCCUACCACAUAGGUAGGCAUUGAACCACUGUGCAGAGCCUCUGACUUCCAGUCCUUUGAGUUGUUCCAAAAGGGCACCAUGAUCAAAAACUAUUGUGAGGCUGAGAAUUUCCAAAAUGGUACUCCGGUCAAAGCCUCAAGCAAACUAAGCUUAUGGCUUGUGGGUGACUAUUCUGUCUGCAUCUCUUCAUCUUCCAUUUCGGCUUCCAAGAAGCAUUACCAUAGUUCAAGGACACAUUCCAGGCAGUUGAAAGCUCUCAAGGAGCGCCCAGAAGAUGACCAUAUGGAUUGUGGCUUGGGGAGAGUCCCAAGGGCAAGGAUAGACAGGAUUGGAGGGCUACAUUUGGCCCUCGGUCCCCCACCCCUGGUCCAUACCAACAGAAGGAAAGUAGAACUGACCAAAGACAUUUCUCUGCCUGAGGCAAAUGACAAAAUGGACCCUUUUCUGCCUCCCACGUACAGCAGCUGAUUGGACUGGUAUCUGAAUCUUAAUUCAACACUAAUGAUAGGACAGAGGCAUCAGGUAUGGGGCGUGGAGCAAUACACGCUGUGAAAGAUCUACAGCUCUCUCCUCCAACAGAAGGGAAUGGCUGAAGGGUGACUGUCUUCAACACCUGCCUCACCUUGCCCAAUGGUAGGGUGGGUGGGCUCUGAAGGGGAGGGCUUGUCUUAUUGUUCCCUUUUCAUUCACAAAAACUAGACCACAUUCUCAGUCCUCAAGUGGGUAUUCGCCAGCAAGAAACGACACCUGGGGGGCAUUGUGGGAGGGGAGCACUAAAAAGGCAUGGUAAAGGACCCCUGGAGGGUUAGUUCCAGUCCAAGGCGACUCUGGGGUUGCGGCGCUCACCUCGUUUCAGGCCAAGGGAGCCAGCGUUUGUCCACAGACAGCUUUCCAGGUCAUGUGACCAGCAUGACUGAACCGCUUCUGGUGCCAAAAUGUUUCCAAAACUGAAAUGUAAGGUCAAGCAGGCACCAUAAAAGGAAAAUGCCAUGGUGUGGAGAUGGGGGGGGUAGAAGGGUUCUGGACUUUGUUUAUUGACAGCUAGUACCUGUACAUCCAGGGCGAAGAUGUUUGGAGAGGGAGGGGGGCUUUGCUUAUUGAAACGGUCCUCUUGCUUCCAAACACAGUGCCUGUGAGGAGCGAUGGCCAAGUCUCCAAAGCAUGAGCUUUCCCCCUCUGGCUUAACUCUUUUGUCAAUUCAGAGAGAGAGGGAGACAGAACAUUUGAAAGAGCUGGUGGGCAGAGUUUGUUUGGUGGGUUUGUUCCAUUAUUCAGCUUGUCUUGUUUUCCUUUAGUCCCUCCCGGCCUUAAAUCUGUGUUUGCUUGCUCCCAGCCUUCCCAUUCUCAGUCCCAUCCUCCUUAUUUUAAAAUAAUAAUUGUUGUCUGAGUCUUAUCUUAGUUUUCGAUUCUGAACCUGUUUUCAUGGGCACAGAUGUUUUCUCCUGGGUUGUACAUGUCUCUUAGCAGUUCUUCCCACAGCUUGUCUUUCCGUUAGUGCUGCUUUACGACCCUGCCUUUUUCCACCCAGUCUCCCUUACCCUUCUUGCCCAGUACCCAGCCUUGCAGCUUCUCCAGUCCUUCCCUAAUUCAUCAUUUCCCAUCCUUCCUUGUAGUAGUUUUAAAAGCAAAAUGGCUGUUCGUUGUCUGCGUGUUUUCGACCUUAACUGUAGCUUUGCCUUGUGUAUGUUAUGUGUAUUGGGUAAAUCUUGCAUGUGUGCAUCUACCAUUGUACGAGCAAGCACAUCGCAGCAUCACACAUUGAACAUAGCACAGAAUGAAAUGAUAAUAAAUCAAGGCACCUGCCUGGCAGUACCGUGGUGCCAACAGAGGCACAAGCGGCAGAGGUGCUGGCAGCAGCAGAAGCACCACUGGCCAGACCGGUUCUCUCCCAGUCAGGCUAGUUCAUCCUCCUGCUCCUGUUGGGGGCGGGCUGCCUACCUAAGUUACCUAAACAGCCCCUUACUGCCAAAGCAACAUCUUAGCUGCUCCUGUGUAAGUUGCCCCAGUAGCGGUCCAGAUCCAAUGCUGCCUGUCUAGGCUGUACCAGUCACCUAAGACCAGAAAGAGUUGGGGGCAACAGUCCCUCAGUGGGGAGGGUGUUCCGCAUGUGGGCCCUGUGUUUAAAGCGCAGGCAGGUCAGUAUGGAAGAAGGGGGUCUGCUCCUUGCAGAUUUUGGUCCUAGCCCAUUUGGGCUUUAAGCACCAAAGUCAGCCUUGGAGCCACCACCAUCCCUGCGCCUCUUGGGCAUCCCUGACCGGGUGCUACAGGGGAGCUGAUACAUUGGGCUAUUAGCUUUGGUAGCUUAAUGCAGCCUCCACGUUCAGGGCUAGUGUACUUUGGAAUGUUGCUUUCUUGGGCAGUUUUAUCAUUUCAUGCCUGUCUCAGGGACCUCUGGGGUCAGGAAAAAAUGCUUGGCCUGCAGAGGCAGAGACCUAGCUGUUCCCAUGUUGGGUAUCAUUGUGAUGUGCCUUCUAUUUCUGCUAUGGCCAGCUGCCUCACAGACUUCCUACUCCCUUGCUAUCUCUUCCCCUGGGCUCAAGGAAGUCAGUGUGCCCCACAACCACCCCCUUCCAAUGGGUCUUCUUCUUAAAGGACAGAGUCAAAAGACUUUUGAAUAGCCCACCCAUCACAAGCCCUGGAGGUAAAGGACUCCCUCACCCUGCAACAGUGGGGGGUGCCACCCCCAGCAGACAGCCCCACCAUCAUUUCUUCUCAACUGCUUCGUGGCUCUACAGCCUCACACCUCUCUGCCCCAGCUGCAUGCCUCUGCUGCCAGACUAAGUUGGCAACCACAGCUGCCUGCCUCCGGUCUCCAGGAUUGGAGAAAUCAGCCUGCAGAGCCAGCUGUGCCGGAUGCCUGUCCGGCUGCCCCCACCCCCGCAAACAUCUCCAUCUCCAAGGCUGCUAUUUGCCUAACCUCCCCCUCCCUCCUUGCCUACCUGCAUUGCUGCCUGAGUCACCUCCUUCUCUGCCGCCUGUUCUCUUCCUGCUGGCCACCCAGACCCACCCGCUUGUCUGCCAGGGGCGAGUACCUGCCACUGUGCUAGCCCUCACUUGCCCAAAAUCUCAGCACUCUCUGUGCGUGCACUGCGUGGUGGUGUUUUUUUUCCAAUUUCCCUGGGCCGUUUGCUGUGGCUGUUCAUGCCUCAUCGGAUCUGAUUCAGAGCCUGCCACUUGGGCUCCUGCCGCCUGCCUGCUUCCAGUGGUCUGCCUCAGUUGUCCAGUGCAUUUGGCAUUGGAAACUUCAACUGCCUGGCUGACGGCCUCCCACUCCCACCCCACCCCAGGCUAAGCUGGACAACCUUCCUGCACCUUGUAUGUCUGGGGCCACCCUGACAUAGAGUCCUGUUGUUUAGUCAGAGCCGUCUUUCCCAUUGGUCUUAGUGGUGUGUUGCGCCAGGGCGCUGGCCUCUCAGGGGCGCCCCAGCGAGUGGGGGAGCUGCGUGGCUUUGCCGGCAGCCUCCCCUUUCCCUGCACGCCCCCAGCUGCGCCCCGCCAGCUAUAUGGCUGGCGGGCGUGCAGCUUCCCUCCCAAGCCUCUGCAUCUGUAAAGACGGCCCUGCUCCUGGUCGUUGUCCUUCUCCUGCUUCCUGGAGAAAGGCGGUGCGCAGCCUUCCCGGGCUGCCUUCUCGGGUGCCCCAACACCGGAGAGCAUAUCCACCAGCACGUUUUCCUGCUUGAUCGCCGCCACCAUGCUGGGGAUCAGGGCGGUGGGGGAGGCAGAGGACAUUUUCCACCGCCCCCUCCCUUGUUUUGGUGUUGCCGGGGGAGCGCCAGAGGGAUCUUUGCACCACGGCGCCGGAUAUGCUUAAGACAGCCCUGUGUUUAGUGUUCCGCUUCCAGGUACUUCCUUGGAUUUUACGUGCUGCAGUUCCUCAUGGGUCCUCCUUUCUCACAGUCAUGCUGAGUGUUGACCAGGAGACUGCUGGCACCACUCUGCCCCCAGCCCCCUGUCUUGCAGGGCCAUGAGGAUCCCUUGUGCUGUGGUUUUUUCAUCUCUGCUGCCCCAUGUCAGCCUUCUUCCUUGGUCUCCCUCUGUGGUGCCAGCUGCCUGCUGCUCUCUCCCUCUCUCGCUACCAGCCCCCUCUUCCUUCCCUAGGGCCGGGGAGAUUGGUGUGCCAACCAAGACUGCUAGGCAGGUAGGCUGGUUGCAGCAACCCCAUAUUUGCCUCGUCUAGUCCACUGUGUCCACUGUGUUCAUCCCAGUAUGAUUGCUGGUGCUGUUACUGCCUCCUAGAUUUUAGGGCCUGGAAUCAAAAUACACAUUCCUAUUUUCUCUCUCUCAUUUUACUGCUGCUGGCAACAUUUUGCCCCAUAUGUGACAGGGUCCCUCUCACGUUGAAAAAGCGACUCCGUUAAUUCUUUCUUUCCCAUCACCACUGCUGCUGACAACAAUCUGCCUCGUAUAAGACAGGGAUUUGAGUAAGAAGUCUCCCAUGUUAUUUUUCUGUGCAUAUCUGCCUAUCAGAUAAGGCAAGUCAGUGGGGUUUCCAAGGAUUGGUGGUGGUUUUCUGAAUUGCAGUUCAGAUUCAGUGGUUGGGUCGGGGCAAUAACUGAAUCAAGUGGGGGCACAACAAUUUGCACUGCCUUCAUUUUAAUGCUCCAAAAUGCUAUUUAAAUGCUAAGGCUGCAGUCCUGGAUGCAGUUACCUGGGAGUGAACCCAAUUGAACUCAAUGGGUGUUACUUCUGAGUAGACUUGGAUAGACUUGUGCUGUGUAUAUAAUUAUUAACCAUUUACAUCAGGGAUUGCAAGUCAGUUUAUUUACAUCCGUCUCCAGAUGUUCUUCCCCCUUAUUGUAGCGUGUGUGUGCAACAGUGAUAAAGUGAAUCUUCCCUCCUGUUAGCAGUUGACUUCUUGGGGAAGAAAAGGACAGGUGGUGUCUCCUAGAAAGAGAACUUGGAAUAGUGGGUCUCUGCUUGGUAUGGCACAAGAAUUAAGUUGUGAUUAUCUCUUCCAAAGUGUUGUUUGCAGAACCUAUGAGGUAGGAACAGGUGCCUUCAGUCAGACCUCUGCCCCAGUUCUGCUUAUACUCUGGGUGCCUUUGGACAGUGGCUGUGGGUCACUUGCAGGUCAUUCAAAUGCAGUUCUUAUGUGUUCACAUUAGCUUCAUUCCCUCAUUCAUUUAUGCAUUUCCCAGAUUUUUGUAUAUAUACAUAACAUAUUUUCCAUUACAAGUCAAUUCUCUUAGGACUUCCCAGUCCAUUCCUCUAUGACAUUCUUUUUUUAAAAUAAAAUAAAAACCCGCUUAAUUCCCAUUUUAUUACACUUCCAUCAUUUGGAAUCCACACCAGAGUUUGGCCUAAUGUAUCCAGGCUGUGCUUAUUUUGUAUACCUGUGUGCACACACUUAAAAAAUCAAAAAAAUCACUCAAAGAUCAUGAGAACAAACAUUGCCAGCCCUUAGUUAUCAUGUCCCAUAAUGGGGGAAACGGGAGGGGAGGGGUAAUAGCCAUUUCCAUUUGGUAUGUAUGAAUGAAUGAAUGAAUGAAUGAAUAAAUGAAUAAAUAAAUAAAUAAAUAAAUAAAUAGGUCUUGCAUAAGAGUAGUAUUUAGCUAUUUUAACUGUUUGAUUUUUCUGGGAUGGAGUGAGUGGAAAUGUAAAAUUAAAAAAUGGGAUAUCGGAUGGUCCCUUGUAACUGUUAGCAGAACAGCCAGCCUCACAACCAUUUUCAUUUAUUUCUUCCCCCGAAAAAAGAAGCCCUGUUGCCACUCCUCAUGUAGGAAUUAAUGAGAUCUAAUUGCUGGCUGGCAGAAAAAAAAAGUUAUGCCUGAACAGCACAGAGAUUUAGAGGAGACUCCCUAAAACACGUCCGGGUGUUUCUGCAUGAAGUGCCAUAGCUCACGGGCGGGGUGCCUGCGGCCCCCUAGUCCGUGAGUGACUGUUGGCAAUUUUGGCUGGGGCUGAGGGGAGCCCCACAACUUUCACUGGGCUGGCAGCCUGCCCUGCCCAGACUGAUGCUAUACCAUUGCCCCCCAGACCAGUGUGCCUGCCGGCCUGUGUUGAUAAUGCCACCUUCCCCUUUGUGUGCAAUGCUGGCCUUUAAAAAAAAAAAAUCAUUCCUAUGGCAGUGUUGGCAAAACCUGCUUCAUGGUCUGACUUGUGCAGUUUGGAUAGCAUAAGAGACUGUUGCCGUUGUGUAGGGUGUAUAGGGUUGUGUGUGUGUGUGUGUGUGUGUGUGUGAAGAGAGAGAGAGAGAGAGAGAGAGAGCGAGCAUAAUACUGGUGUUUGGGUGUGUUCUUAAAGAGCAGCUGUGCUUUCCUCAUUCUCGUGUUAGGUAUAUGCAGCAUAGCUGUCAACGUUUCCCCUUUUUUUAAGGGAAAUUCCCUUAUUCCAAAUAGGAUUCCUCGCAAGAAAAGGGAAAAGUUGACAGCUAUGAUAUGCACACAGACAUUUAUGUGAAGGAAAGCUCACGCCAUAGACUUGGUACGUGGCAUAGUCUGCCUUUAUGGCUCUUUGUCUCUCUGGGAUGGCGCUGUCUGCCCACCAGGAGUCCAUGGGGACAUUGUAGCUGCCCCCCCCCGCCUUUCUGCAUCCCUGGCAGCGAUUACGAGUCUUCCUGUGGUGACUAAGGAGCAGAGCAGUGGGAGGUGCAGCUUCCUACAGGGUCGGGCAGGCGUGGCUAGUCUGGUUUCGGGGUUGGGAUGAUUGACGUCAGCACCUCCAAGGCUGGGCACUCUUCACCUGUUUCCAGGAGGCGGCAAGGCCCAUACAAGUGUUUGCCUGCUCCACAGAGGACUGUGUACAUAGCCUUCAGCAGCUAACAUGCUGCCUCCUGUGAAUAUUCGGCGAAGACUUCUUGGAGUGUACUAAUGCCUGCUCUCUCCCUCCUUUCUUCCAGCUCUGCCACCGUUCAGGAUGCAGCAACUGAUCUCCUGCCUGGGCUUGUGGCUCUUCUUCCAGCUCCCCUGCCUGAGCUCCGGGACACGUGUCGUCUACAAGGUACAGGAGGAGCAGCCACCCAACACACUCAUUGGCAGCCUGGCAGCAGACUAUGGCUUCCCAGAUGUGGGGCACUUGUAUAAGCUGGAGGUAGGUGCCCCCUACCUGCGUGUGGAUGGUAAGACUGGUGACAUCUACACUACAGAGACCUCCAUUGACCGAGAGAGCCUGCGAGAAUGCCAGCAGCUGUUUCCAGGGGACCCGUGCUUCCUGGAGUUUGAGGUUUCCAUCACGGACCUGAUGAACAAUAGCCCACGCCUGCUGGAAGGGCAGAUUGAGGUGCUGGACAUCAAUGACAACACGCCCAACUUUGCCUCUCCCGUUAUCACAUUAGCCAUUCCUGAAAACACCAAUAUUGGGACACUCUUCCCCAUUCCGCUGGCCAUGGACCGUGAUGCUGGCGCCAACGGUGUGGCUUCCUAUGAGCUCAUGCCUGGUUCAGAUGCCCAAAAGCUUUUUGGCUUGCAGGUAGCAGAGGACCAAGAGGAGAAACAGCCACAGCUGAUCGUCAUGGGAAGCCUGGACCGGGAGCAAUCGGAGUCCUAUGACCUGACUAUCAAAGUACAGGACGGGGGCAACCCACCACGUGCUAGCAGUGCCUUGCUGCGCAUCACCAUCCUGGACAUGAAUGACAAUGCGCCCAAGUUUGAGAAGCCCCUCUACGAGGCCGAACUCUCGGAGAACAGCCCCAUUGGUCACUCCGUGCUGCAGGUGAGCCCCUCCUUCCGGGGGGGAAAAGGGGGGAACUAAACGGCUCUCAGGUGGGACUGAUGAAUGUAUUUCCUGUUUGAAAAGCAGGGCAAGGUUGUGUGACUCAAGGUUUAGAAUGACUGGCGUUUUCAGAGGCCGUGCAGAUAUGCCGCUGCUUUUCCCAGCUAAAUUUCACUGCUGUUUGACAAUGUGGAGAGCGGGAAGAGGGCGUGGGGAACACAGAAGUGGCUUAGCAAGGAUUUUCAUGGGGGAAUGAAAGCCAGCUUGGGUGGGAAGGGUAGAAAAAACACAGGUGUGUGUGGGACACACCAUCUUCAGUGCUGGCCCAACCCUGGCUGAGACCUCAUCACUUCAGAAUGGAGAUGGCACAUCUGAUGUUUGAUUUAUGCUCUUAUAGAUUUUUUCAAUUUCAUUGUUCUGUAUGGGACAAUGACAAUAAAGAUUAUCAUAAUAGUAAUAUACAUACACACACAGAGAGAGAGAGAGAGAGAGAGAGAGAGAGAAUUACAACCUUGUUGGAUCAGGAUAAUGCUGAUGUAUGUAUACACACACACGCACACAUAUAUAUGCAGGAGAUGACUUAGGUCAGAACCUUUCCUCCUAGCAUAGGUGAAAUUGGUGGUGCUCAGGCACUGAAAGGGAUUCCUAGGAUUUGGGGUUAGAUAAUUUUACUGUGGGUUUUAAAUUCUAAUUUUUCACUCUUCUGUUGGGGUAUCACCGGUUUAUGAAGCAGCAGCCCAAGCUGAGGGUGUGAGCAUUUGAUUCCUGCUUUUUUAGGAGAAGGGGCGGGGGUACCACCUUCCACCUUGCGUGUGAAGGUGAUACCUGGAAUUGACAUUUAACAUCAGGGCCCUCCAUCCAUCCAGUACAGCAAAAUGAUAAGCAAGAGGAGCAAACAAGAACAGAAAUGACUGGUUGUAAGAGAAAAGCAAACAUUAGGCAGACCUUUUAAAAAAGCAAACAAUGAGUAUGGGGGUGAUUUCUUGGAAUAGGGCACAGCUUUGAGAAAUGAGUAAUCUGUGGCCAAGGUGACUGGCAACCUCUGUUACUGCAGCUCCUGUUGCUUCAUAAAGUGCUUCUAUCUGGUUACCUGGCAGGAGGGAGGGGAGCCUAUGAGGCGCCAUUGGCUUGGCUGGAGCCAAUCGCCAUCUGGUUUCUCCACCUUCCCUUCCAGAACAAUCUCAUACAAUGUGUCUGGAUUGGCUCCCCUCCCUUUUGAAUUAUUCCCAUUAAAUUGUAAACUAUUAUAUUAAACUGUGAAAUCCGUGGUUAUAAAGUGCUUUUCAUGUGUUCACAGUGUGCCAUAUGCAUUUUCGCAAAAGCUCUUUCAAUCAUUCUGUUAGGUAUUUUGUAAAAUAAAUCUCUUUUUGUCUAGAUGUAACACCUGAAGUGGCUUAAGUUACUGCAGGUAAACUUUCUCCUUCAGACACAAUAUAAGAGAUUGGGCAUAUAUGGAACUGUGUGCAGCAAGAAGAGGAAGGGGUGGGUCUUUGCAAUUCACCAUUUUUCUUGCUUGCAUUUUUUGUUGUUGUUGCUCUUGCUGUGGCCCUGCUUGGCUAGUUUAUAUCUUCUCCAUGUUUAUAAUUAAAGCCAAUUGCUGAAUAUCCAUUUUCUGACGACAGCAGAGAGACAUGUUGUCUUGUCAGUAGGGCUGUGGUGUUGUUGUUGUUAUGCUGCUACUUCACAGCCCCCUUUGUUGUCUACUGAGUGGUGCAAUCUUAUACCUGCCUAUUCAAAAGAUGCUCGAUAGCACCAGGUCAGAUUAGUUAUCUCGUAUUUUAACGAGUAACUGAUCGGGCAAAGAUGUACCCUUGGGACAGUCCCACUGCAGGAGCAAGUCAUCACAAUGAGGCAUUGUUGAUGCCCACCAUGCACCUGCCAUUUGUGAGACUCACUGUUUCCUCUAGGUUUUGCUGACACCUCUGAGUCCUGAUUUUUGGAGCUGACACCCCACUCUAAUGAAUGCAAAAGGAAAGUGUGGUUUCCCACAACCCAAGAGGCACAUACAGAUCUAUGGUUGCCUCACCUCAAAAAGGAAAUUGAAGAGUUGAGAAACAUUCAGGAAAGGGCAGCCAAAAUGAUCACAGGUGUGGAACACCUGUCCUGUGAGGAAAGGCCCCAUGAUUUCAAGCUCUUUAGUUUAGAGAACAAGCAAGUGAGAAGGUAGUAUGACAGAAGUUAAUAAAACUAUGCAUUGCAUGGAGAAAAUGGAGAAAGGUUUUUGUCCCUCUUUCAUAACACUUGAACUGAGUGUUGGAAGAUUAGGAAAGAUAAAAGAAAGCACUUCUUCACGCAGCAUGUAAUUAAACUAUGGAACUCGCUCCCCUAGUAUUGAUCUUGGGUUUGCCCCUUCUCAGCUAGGGAGUCAUUCAAUGGUUUAUGCAGUAAGGACUUUCUCUGCAGAAAGCCUUUGGCACAGCCCCACUUCUUUCUAUUGCUCAGCGUCAGGGACCUGCUGGGUGGUUUUUGGAUUGGUUUUCUUGGUUAAUUCUUUGCAUACCAGAGUGGAAGAGGUGGCCUCUCAGCUAGACCAGCCAAGCCAGUUCCACCAGAAAGAGAAAUGCCUCCUGUCAGUCUCAGGCAAGACCUGGGCUUUUAGCCAAGAGCUGAAAGAACUGAGGAGCCUAGCAAGCUUCUGCUGGAGUCAUGGGAUGUGGGUUAUGGAGUUAGCUGGGGCAUUGUUGUAUGUGCAGCUGGGGCACUUAGAAGACAGUGUUUGGGUGUAUCAGGUAUGGACUGUGGGUGUCAUCUUUGACUAACAGAGGACUUGAAUGGCAGGAUGUAGUAAUAGUGGUUAUUUAAUUGGGACAAUUUGCAUGUAGUGAUAAACCACGUUUAAUGACGAUGGGGACGGCCAGAUCACUCUGGCUUUGCUCCUCCCUUGGUGGAAGUGGGAGUAGGAAGCCAUGAAGCCUUUGCUUUUCAUUACCAAGGUUGCGGUUUGUUUCUCCCUAACAAACCAUGAUCAGCAAGUCAACAGCAAACCAUGACUUCAUGUUGGCUAAUGAUUGUGGUUUGUUAGGGAGAACCACAACCCCAGAUUUGUAAUGCUGUAAUGACAGGCAAAGGCCUUAUGGUUUAUUGCUGCUGCUUGCACCAGAGAAGGAACAAAGUAGGGAGUGAUCCAGCAGCAUUCAUUAGCACACUUCUCAAUAACCCUGACUUACUGCUACAUAUUAAGGAGACCAUUUGUUGCAUUUUACCACACCAUUUCUCAAACGUGGGCAUUGUCUCAUUUUAUCCUCCCCACAACAACCCUGUGCAAUUGAGUUAGGUUGAGAAAAAGACUGGACCAAGAUCGCCUGGUGAGGUACUGUGUAGAGUUCUGGUCACCCCAUCUUGAAAAUGUUUAUAACAGAGUUUGAAAAUGUGUACAAAAGGCCAACCAAGGGAUUGUAGCACCUUCCCUAUAUGUUUGGGUUUGGGGUUUUUUAAUAAAGAACUUGUUGUUUUAGAGAAAAGGAGACAUGACAGAGGUUUAUAACAUUAUGUCUCAUGUGCAGAUAAUAUAUGGAGAUAUAUUUCUGUCUGCUUCCCAGAACACUAGAACGCAGGGCCACCCAAUAAAACCUAUAGCUCAGCUAGUAUAUUCCAGACAGACAAGGAAGAACACAAUGCCUUCUUUGUAAUUCCUCCAUCGCAGGGUGUGGAUGGCCACUGCGUCACAGUGGCUUAAAAGGGGAUUGCACAAGUUCAUGGAAGACCGGUUUAUCAGUUAGAAGAGGCACCUGGAACCUCCAUGUUCAAAGGCAGUGUAUCUCUAAAUGCUAGUUUCAAGGGGGCAAAGUUUGCACCUGGCUGGCCACUGAUGGAAAUAGGAUGCUGAAGCAGGUAGGGCAAAGCUCUUUAAUUUUUCUUGUUAUUUAUGGAUGAGAGAGGAUACGAACAGAUCCAAAGCUGUAGAGUCCACACUACAACAUCUCUUUUAAUGCUUUUAUGACAAGACCAGGCAUGCCUCAUGCUUGCAGGGUUGUUUGUGAGAACCAGAAGUGGAACAGCCCAGAGCUAUGUGAAAAAUAGUGAUUCCUGGAGGUAGACUUACACCUAAGAUUAAAGAUGAGGGAACCUCUGAGGACAUCUUCAGUCUAGGAACACCAUUCAUACAAGAACGCACUCAUGGUUUUCCCUCGCUGUCUUUCAUUUAGACAAUCAAAUUCAGAUUGGGGAAAAACAACCCUUUUCAUUGUUGCUAUUGUUCUACAGUUAAGAGUAAAAAAAGUUGCCAACCUAUUACAAAUCACCAUUGUAGAUCCUGAUGUACUUUCUGCCCACCGCUAUUAUAGACAACAGUGCUAUAAAAGUUUCAGUGUGAAACUUUUAUUGGCAAUCACCAAGAAAAAUAUUGGUAACUUUUGGAAUUUUGACAGGGAUGGCUCCCUUUGGCUUGCAUCUUGCCCAGUGAGAAGCAGCUGUAGUGAACUAGUGCUCUUGGUGUCGGUGCAAUUGAUUCAGUUGACAUCACACGAUGUGAUGCAACACUUUGCGAUGGCUGAAGUGUUCUGUCAUCUCCUUGGUGCAAGGGAUAGCUGGGGCACAUUCUUAAGGUCAGCAAGCUCAGUUUUCUCAGGCAUAAUUUAUCAAGGUACCUGCUCACCACUUCUUUUUCUCAUUGCAGGUGAAGGCCAAUGAUUCUGACCAGGGUGCCAAUGCUGAGAUUGACUACUCCUUCCACCAAGCUUCCGAUGUGGUUCGCCGGUUGCUGCGCCUGGACAGAGCCACUGGACUUAUCACUGUUCAGGGUCCCGUUGAUCGUGAAGACAUCAAUGUGCUCAAGUUCUCUGUGUUGGCCAAGGACAAAGGGGCCAACCCCAAAACUGCCCGUGCCCAGGUGGUGAUUAGUGUCAGGGAUAUGAAUGACAACGCUCCAUCCAUUGAAAUCCGUGGUAUUGGCUUGGUCACCCACCAAGAUGGCAUGGCUAAUAUCUCAGAAGAUGUGCCGGUUGAGACACCUGUGGCUCUGGUACAGGUGUCUGAUCGGGAUGAAGGUGAGAAUGCUGUUGUGACCUGUGUGGUGGCUGGUGAUGUACCUUUCCAGUUGCGACAAGCCAGUGACACCGGAAGUGACAGCAAAAAGAAGUAUUUUCUCCAGACCACAACGCCACUAGACUAUGAGGCCGUGAAAGAAUACACCAUUGAGAUUGUGGCUGUGGAUUCUGGCAAUCCACCUCUGUCCAGCACCAACUCUCUCAAGGUGCAGGUGGUGGAUGUUAAUGACAAUGACCCAGUUUUCAGCCAGAGCUCAACAGAGGUAUCUUUCCCAGAAAAUAAUUCCCCAGAUGACUUGGUGGUAGAAGUGAGUGCUACUGAUGCAGACAGUGGGUCCAAUGCUAAGCUGGUGUACUCCCUAGUGACAGAGCCUUCAUCCAAAGGCAUAUUCUCCAUUGAUCCAGAGUCUGGUGAAAUCCGGGUUAAGACUGUCCUGGACCGUGAGCAGCGAGAACGCUAUGAAUUCUUGGUGGUCGCAGCGGACAAAGGCAGCCCUAGCCGGAAGGGGACGGCCUCUGUUGCCAUCAAUGUCAUGGACCGCAACGACAAUGACCCAAAGUUCAUGCUAAGUGGCUACAACUUCUCCGUCAUGGAAAACAUGCCCCCUCUGAGUCCUGUGGGCAUGGUGACAGUAAUCGAUGCAGACAAAGGGGAGAAUGCCUUCAUUCAGCUCUCAGUAGAGCAGGACAACGGGGACUUUGUUAUCCAGAAUGGUACUGGCACCAUCCUCUCCAGCAUUUCCUUUGACCGCGAGCGGCAGAGCACUUACACCUUCCGACUGAAAGCUGUGGAUUCAGGUGACCCACCCAGGUCUGCCUAUGUUGGGGUGACCAUCAAUGUGCUUGACGAGAACGACAACGCUCCUGUCAUCAUUUCUCCAUCCAACGCUUCCUACAAGCAUAUCCAGCCACACACUAGUCCUGGGCAGCAGGUCAUGAGUGUCGGAGCCGAAGACAUUGACUCUGGGAUCAACGCUGAGCUGCAGUACAGCAUCAUGGGUGGAAACCCCUUUGAGCUCUUCAAGAUUUCGCCCCAGAGCGGAAACAUCACAUUGGAGAAGGAGAUCCUCCGCAAGCACCACGGGCUUCACCGCCUGGUGGUGCGCGUCAAUGACAAGGGCAAGCCGUCUCGCCACGGCACCGCUCUGGUCCAUUUCUACGUCAACGAGACCCUGACUAACCGCACGCUGCUGGAGACUCUGGUGGGACACAGCUUGGACACGCCUAUCGACAUUGACAUCGCCGGCGACCCUGAGUACGAGCGCAGCAAGCAGCGCAGCAACAUCCUCUUCGGGGUCAUUGCAGGCAUAGUAGCCGUCACUCUGGUCAUUGUGCUGGUUGUGCUGGUGCGCUACUGCCGCCAGAAGGAGGCCAAGAGCGGCUACCAGGCGGGCAAGAAGGAAACCAAGGACCUGUACGCUCCCAAGCAAGGCAACAAAGGCAACAAAGCCAAGAGCAAGGUCAAAAAGAACAAAUCGCCCAAGCCGCCCAAACCAGCCGAGGAUGAGGAAGAAACGGGCUUGCAGAAAUCCCUCAAGUUCAACCUGAUGAAUGACUCGGUCAGCGACAGCCCCCGCAUCCACCUGCCCCUUAACUACCCCCCUGGCAGCCCUGACUUGGGCCGCCACUACCGCUCCAACUCCCCCCUGCCUUCCAUCCAGCUCCAGCCCCAGUCGCCGUCUGCCUCCAAGAAGCACCAGGUGGUGCAGGACCUGCCGGCCACCAAUACUUUUGUGGGCACAGGGGACAGCAAUUCCACAGGCUCGGAGCAGUAUUCAGACUACAGCUACCGCACCAACCCUCAGAAAUACACCAACAAGCAGGUAGGAGAGCUUGUCCUACACCCUCCCAGAACCCCCUCACGCCGCACCCGGGCCAUAUGGACAGAAGUGUGGGAGUGACGUGGACUCCGCCCACCCUGAAUGAAUGGACCUUGACCCCUUGGCAUGUUGCAGGCCGGAGCCUGCAGGUGUCCAGGUGCCAGUUGCUCAGGACAGGACUGCUCAGGGAAGAGGCCUCCUGCCAGCCCAGCCGGUGGAGGGAACAACUGUGUGGGAGGCGGGAGGAGACCUUCUGGCUGCAAGGAACAGGAGCUGGCAGGUGGCACCUGGGGGGAAGCAAGCAUGUUGCUUGGGAGGGGCAGGAUCCACUGGCGGGUGGGGUCUCUGUGCGUUCUGCUGGAGCCCUUUCACGGAGCCCUCCAUGUAUGGUGCUCAUUGAAAUAAAACGGGUCGGAAGGCAUGCAUUCUGGGUCUUUGUAUAUGUGUCCCAGGCUCCAGCCACUCUUCCACUCACAAAUCUUAUACCUCGGGCAAGACGCAGAAAUGCCUGUCCCAGUUCUGCUGCAGAGCCUGAUGACACGAGAGCCUCAGUGUAUCUGAGGACGCAGGGUAAGAAAGGCAAGUAUCUUGAGCGGUGGCACAAAGGGUGUGGCUGCAAGGCUUAUGCAUGUGGAAAUGGCACCUGCCCCCGCAGCUGGGGCUUCUCUGCUGCUUUGAGUGCGCCUCCGCUCUGAGGGUUAUCUGUGCAUGCGUUGGGAUACAUCCGUGGAGUACAAGAAAGAGGUUAGCUUUGAGCGCAUGUAGGGCACAGAGCUUAUUGCUUCUUCUUCUUUCUUCUUCUUCUUUUUGUUCUUGCUGUGUUUGAAGCAAGGGCUGGUAUCUGCUGAAAUAAGAGAUUCUGAACUGCAUGACAGGGUACUUGGCAGCUUUGGGAGCACAGGAGAGGGACACCUCCGGCUUGCAAACUGGUUAAUGCACCGGGAAAGUCCGUAGGUGGUGUGGCUUCGGUAGGCUUUGUCCUUUCCUGUCUGUGCUUCAAGCUAGUGACCUGUAGAGGGUUUUCUGUGCAGGGUUCUGCAACAGAUCCAAAGUAUUAAGAGGAGGGGACUUGUCUCCCUGAUACUGUGCCAUGUUCUCCUUCCAUCCAGACUUGUAUGUCCUCAGAGUGAAAAGGUGUUUGCCUAUUGAAGGGUUGCAAUAAAAUACCCGUUUGCUAGUGAGCAUGUUGUGAAGUGUGAAUGUCUGGCUGUUGUACCACAGCCUCUGGGCCAGUGGAGGAGAAGAGAAUGAGGAGGAGGGAAGGACUUUCCUUCCAGAAGUCAUUUUGCCACUGGUAUCCUCCAUUGUUCCUUUUUUGUUUGUAAUUUAAUAUGGCCUGUUUGUGUAUUUUUUAUUAUUAUUUUAUAUGGUAUGUUGGGCAGGGAAAGGGGAAUAUGGGGGGGAAUCACAUUAAAUCAUGUGUCUUUUUUAAAAGAAUACCAUAUAAACAAUAUUUCACAAAUUAGUUUGGAAUACUGCUAUAGCAUUAUCCCAACGGGACCUACUAUUUUAAAAAAAAUAAAAAAUCCCCAGUUGUUUCCACACACAUGCAUUUCUGUUUAACAAAACAAAUGGGUUUAAAUCACAGUAGUGACUUUGUGUGCACUCAUAACAAACUGUAUUUUCUGCAAAAAAAAAGAAGAAAGAAAAUCCUCAUAAAAAGGACUUUUUGAGAGCUCCAGUUUUUGGCACGAGGCGUUAUUGCUGCAUUAUCAGUGUAUAAUCUAGAUAGCAUUAUUUUAAUCCAAAGAACUGUUUGUAUUGUUUCUCACACCCAUUUGGUGCUCAGAACAACAGGGAUUUCAAUUUUUUAUAUCCUGCCUUUCCACCAAGAAGAAGAAAGCAGCCUAUAUGACUCUCCCUGGCCCUGUGUCAUCUUCACAACCACCCUUAGAAGGAGAUUAAGCUGAGGGAUAUUACCUGGUCUAAGGUCUCCCAGGGAGCUUCAUGGCUGCAUAGGGAUUUGAAGCUGAGACUCCCCAGUCCCAGUCUGACACCGUGGUCAAUACACCACGCUGUGUUUUUAUGGGGGCCCUAAGUAUUUAAUUUUCUUACAUAACCAGCAAAUCUGCUAAACAUCUGUAGGGUUAGAUUUGCAGUACGCACACAGCAGAUUUGCAGCACAGUUUGCUCAGGGGUAGAAGUGUCCCUGCUGAGAAUGUAAACAGCUUUAACAAUACAUUGUUGUAAGCCAAAGUGUCUUAAGAACUUUUUGUUGAAGUGUAGUGUAUGUACAUGUUCCAAAUAAACACACAAGUGUUUUAAUUGUUUUUACUGGUCACAUUUAAGGAUACAGAGGUUGCUAAUUUUUAUAUAGGUACUGUCAAUCUUUAUCUGAAAAACACACCUGCAGGUCCAAUUCCCAUUUUACCUUACUUGAAAAUGGUUCAGCCUCUGUUGUAAUAGUAUGUACCCUUUUCAAUAUUUCCAGUGUCAUGUUGUGGCUCCUAUACACACUCGCAUGGGAGUAAAUACUUUUGAGUACAAUUUCUGAGUUGACCUGCAUAAGGUUACCCUGUUUGUUUCCUUUUUAUAUUAUAUCAUGUUUGGACAUUAAGAACCCCAUCCCUAAUGCUGGUAGUUCUGUAAUUAUUUAUUAUAGCAGCAAAAGGUAAAAUUAUAUUGAUCAUCACAGUAUCUGCUCAAUUUUUUCUUUACCAUCUCCAAAACAAUACUUAUCCUACUUAUUGAGAAAUAUUCAGCGCCCAAAUUUUAGACUAUAGUGCUGGUGAUACUAGGGGCACUCCCAGAGCCAAAAUCCAUUUAUAUUUCCCCCAGAUGUUUACAGUUGCAGACUUAAUUACAUGAUUCUUUAAUUUUAUAGAGCUCCUCUCCUUCUCUGCCCCUUCCCAAGGUCUAUCCCUGUUUGCUCUACAAACUGCCCCCCAAGUUCACUACCUGGCUCCCACCAAAAGGAUAAAACCAUUAAAAUGGCAGCGUAGUAAUAAUUGUUGCCAUGCUGAGAAGUCUCAAGCCAUCCUUGGAUACCAAUUACUGUGAAUUUUCUAAGCUAAUUCUUGUGUCCCUCACCCUCCAAUGGAUUGAUGGAUUAAUUAAGUGGAUUUGAAUCUUCUUAAGUGUUUUUUGAGGGUCAUAGGUAGGGAGAGGGAGCUUUCAUUUUAACAACCGGAAGCCUUCCUAUCCAACAAAAACAUUUCCCCCACCUGGUUAAAUUGUGACUUGGCUCAUUAAGUAAGGGGUCGAUCUUGUCUUUAAACAACCACCAACAAAGGCACUCAUUUGAUUACAGGCAACUCCCCAUUUGUGCAGGGUUUGUGUUCCAAGGCACCAUGCACACUGGCAGGAUGUACAUAAGCGCCCUCCUCGCUCUGCCCCAGCCUCAAACGCAGUCAAAUGGGGAAGAGUAUCAGGGUGAAGAGGUGGGGGUAGCUGUGCGCAGGUGCGCAGCCUGGGAGUCACUUUGGACUCACAGCAGUCCAUGGAGGCACAGGUCACUUCUGUGUCCAGGGCAGCUGUUUAUCAGCUCCAUAUGGUACGCAGGCUGAGACCCUACCUGCCUGCAGAUUGUCUCACCAGAGUGGUGCAUGCUCUAGUUAUCUCUCGCUUGGACUACUGCAAUGCACUCUAUGCGGGGCUACCUUUAAAGGUGACCCGGAAACUACAACUAAUCCAGAAUGCGGCAGCUAGACUGGUGACUGGGAGCGGCCGCUGAGACCAUAUAACACCGGUCUUGAAAGACCUACACUGGUUUCCAGUACGUUUCCGAGCACAAUUCAAAGUGUUGGUGCUGACCUAAAAAGCCUCAGCCCAGUAUACAUGAAGGAGCAUCUCCACCCCCAUCAUUGAUCCCAGACACUGAGGUCCAGCGCCAAGGGCCUUCUGGUGGUUCCCUCACUGCGAGAAGCCAAGUUACAGGGAACCAGGCAGAGGGCCUUCUCAGUAGUGGCACCCGCCCUGUGGAAUGCCCUUCCAGCAGAUGUCAAAGAGAAAAACAACUACCAGACUUUUAGAAGACAUAUGAAGGCAGCCCUGUUGAGGGAAGCUUUUAAUGUUUAAUAGACUAUUGUAUUUUAGUGUUCUGUUGGAAACUGUCCAGAGUGGCUGGGGAAGCCCAGCCAGAUGGGUGGGGUAUAAAUAAUAAAUUAUUAUUAUUAUUAUUAUUAUUAUUAUUAUUAUUAUUAUCCUGCUAAGGCAUGUCUCAUAGUAGUUGUUUAAAGUGUUUUAUAAGUGCAAUUGUUUUAAGUGUUUUUACAUAUGUAGCUGUUUUAUAUUUGCUUUUAUGUAAAUCAUUUCACGACACCUCAUAGAAAGCGAUUCAUAAAUGAAAUGGUAACAGCAUAAUAAUAAAAUUGCACAAAGGACCGGCCCAUUUGCACACAGCGCAAGGGGAGGCAGAGACUCUUUGCAACGUGGAUGGGAUGGGGGAAGAAAGAGAUGGUGGCCUACACUUAAUCCCAAAGCAGCAGCAGAUAGGAUACCCUCAAAAACUUGAUGUUGGUUUAAGUCUGGGUGGAGCUUGCGCAGGAGAAGGAGGAGCAGAAAAUUGGUGGGGGUGGACAGACACAUGAAACUGCCAGCCGUGUAGUCAUCAGGAGCUGGUUUGGAAGCAAGGUUGUCCUACUUAACUGAAGCACCAGCAGGAGAAGAACUUUAUCAGAAAUUGCCACUGUUAUUAGGCCCCACCAUCUCCAACUGCUGACCAGUGGCUGUGGAGAUGCAGCAGCCCCUGAGAGCAUCACUGCAGGGUUCAGCAACACCCCUUCCUCGCUCUGUGGCAGCCAUGGCAAUGGUUUACCUUCUCUCCCCUCUCCUGGACCAAAGAGGGCAGGUGGCACAGGGCGGCGGCUGUUGCUUCCUCAUCCAUCUACUAAAGCUGGCAAGUGUAUGGCCGUUCCGAGGAAGAGGAAGAGGAAGAAGCUGCUCCUGCCCCUUCCCAUUUUCUUUGAGAGCCAGUGUGGUGUAGUGGUUAAGAGCGGUAGUCACGUAAUCUGGGGAACCGGGUUCGCGUCUCCACUCCUCCACAUGCAGCUGCUGGGUGACCUUGGGCCAGUCACACUUCUUUGAAGUCUCUCAGCCCCACUCACCUCACAGAGUGUUUGUUGUGGGGGAGGAAGGGAAAGGAGAAUGUUAGCCGCUUUGAGACUCCUUAAAGGGAGUGAAAGGCGGGAUAUCAAAUCCAAACUCCUCUUCUUCUUCUUCUUCUUCUUCUUCUUCUUCGAGAAGUCCAGCAGGGUGAUUCAGCUCAGUGGGGAUACGCAAAGGGAGUGUGCCCUCUUUUCUUUUGCACACCCUUUCUGGGUAUUAGGGUGGUGAAAGUUUGGGGCUGUGAUCUAGAUUUCUUUUCCAUAUUGCAUUGCAUUGGAGAAGCUCUUCAUAAGCGCUCUAGCAUCCCACCCUGCCUUUAGUCUGUGCAACGGAGAGCAAUGGCAGGAAGGAGGAGGGAGGGCGAAAGGGACCCUUCCUUUGCUCCAUCCUGCUGAGGAUGCUAAGGAGAAUAGAGUUCAUGUUUGGGGAGGUUCAGGAGAGUGGCAGGCGGCAGGUGGGUUAGAGUACACCUUUCUAAACACUUGUAUUGGGUGCCGUAUUUUUCGCUCUAUAAGAUGCAGCAGACCACAAGACGCACCUAGUUUUUGGAGGAGGAAAACAAGAAAAAAAAUAUUCUGAAUCCCAGAAGCCAGAACAGCAAGAGGGAUCGCUGCGCAGCGAAAGCAGCAAUCCCUCUUGCUCUUCUGGCUUCUGGGAUAGCUGCGCAGCCUGCAUUCGCUCCAUAAGACGCACACACGUUUCCCCUUACUUUUUAGAAGGGAAAAAGUGAGUCUUAUAGAGCAAAAAAUACGGUAUUUUCUGGGUUUUCAAAAGUGCCCAUAGAAAGUGACAGCAUUAAAAUCCCUAGCCAUAAUUAUUUCAUGUUAUUGUUGUUGUUGUUUUAUUUAUAUAUUACAUUUAUAUCCCACCGUUCCUCCAAGGUGCACAGGGUGGCACACGUGGUUCCUCUUCCUCCCCAUUCUAUCCCCACAACAACAACAACCCUGUGAGGUAGGUUAGACUGGCCCAAGGUCACCUGGUGAGCUUCCCAGCUGAGCAGGGAUUUGAUCCCCUGUUUCCCAGGCCCUAGUCCAACCCUCUGGUGACCCCAUCACACCAGCUGUCAUUUGUGACAUUGACCAAUCACGUUCCUUAAGCCAAGAAUCCUUCUAAGAACUAGGGGGAUUGCAGGGAAUAUGCAACCGUGGGAAAGUCCUGGCUCUGCUCUUCUACUCUCUUGCCCUCAUUCUGGUGCUUCUACAAAAGCAGGUGGGGAUUGAACAAGUGUAAGGGGUCUGGGACCUUGAAUCGGGAAGUCUGCCCGUAGGCUCCCAGUGCACCACCAGAGAAGCCCUCGGGAAGAGAGGGUCUCCAGCUUCAUCUCUAUUGUGUUGCAGUAGUGCCCUAGUAAAAGCCAGGAAUGGGGUUGCUGCUUGGCACUCUGGCCAUAGCAUAUGACGCAAGGAACUCCUAUCUAGCUCUUGCUUCAGGUUUGGUUCCUCAUUCUGAGCAACUCACCCAUGACAGAAGAUGCUAAACAGAUGCCUGCUCUGCCUUCCCUCAAGUUCACUUCAUCAUAUCAUUUGCCCAUUUGGGAACCUGACCAUGGAAGAACCACCAACUCAAGGCCUGAUCUAAAAGCCUGUGAACGUCUGGUUGAAGCACCAGCAGAAUGAUCAGGCUGCUUGUGGAGUGCCCUCCUGCCCAUCCCUUCUGAUUCCAAAGGACCAGCAUCUUGCCUGCACUGGCAGUGGAGGUGGGAGCAGAUGCUCCAGGUCCCUGGUGCAUCCAUUUCUGCCAGGAAUGCCACUGGGAUUUUAAGCCCCAGCAUUUCCAGUAGAAAAACUGGUUUUCCACUUGGCUGGGAGAAGGCCCUCUGGAGAUCUUUCUCUAGAACCUGAUCAGCACCCCUUUGGGUUCAUUAUCUCCUUUGUUUGGAAGCUGAUUGUGAGCCUGUUUGGACUCUCUGCCUCUAGUGGUUCCUGACAGUUUGCUCAGACUCCAUUAAUCUAUGGGUUUACAUUACAGUGGUACCUUGGGUUACAUACGCUUCAGGUUACAGACUCUGCUAACCCAGAAAUAGUGCUUCAGGUUAAGAACUUUGCUUCAGGAUAAGAACAGAAAUUGUGCUCCAGCGGUGCGGCAGCAGCGGGAGGCCCCAUUGGCUAAAGUGGUGCUUCAGGUUAAGAACAGUUUCAGGUUAAGAACAGACCUCCGGAACAAAUUAAGUACUUAACCCAAGCUACCACUGUACUCCCAAAAACAUAAUGGAUCGAGCCACAACUGGGCCCCAGGUUCUGCAGGAACAGAUCAUCACCAGGCAGAAAACUAGUUGUUCUUAGACAAGACAGAAGACUAUCAGAAAACCAUUGUACCACAAGCCAGGAACUCACAGCUCCAAAUGCCUUUACACAAAUGUUUUAAUAGCACCCAAACUUGCAUAGUUUUAUUGCCCAGUGCCAAGCUAUUGUCUAUGCUGCAGCCUGAGACCUGUCACAUGGACAAGACUGAAUUGGUUCUAGCACUAUGGAGAGAAGAUCUCGACUGGGUAUCUCCGUCCCUGAAUGGGAAAGCCCACUUCUCCAUCCUGGGAUGCUUUCUUGGCUGCCUUUAUGAAGAUUUUUGAACCACCUAAGGCCUGCCCAGAACAGCACUUUGCCGACUUAUGUCACUCGCUGGUCAGGUUCCACUUAUGUGGCUCAAUUCUAAUCUCUUACAGGGGAUAUCAGCGACCAGAGAUGAAGGAUGAAUUGGCUGUUGUGAAACCCAUCACUGAGUUAUUGAGCAUGCCUCUGUACUGACACUCGCCUCCAAGAGCAGAAGCAUGGGGGCAUGGCCAAUGAGAUCUUAUGGGUGUGGCCAGUUCUGGUUUUCUCUCCACCCGGCUCCCUUGCAAAGAUACUACAGAUACAGCCAGGAUACAGCUGCUGCCACAGUUGCUUCUCUGCAGGAAAGAAAUAUGUGCGGCCCCACCUGUUCUGGUUCUCUCCCCCUCCCUUUGCAAUGAAAUAGUGGAUUUUUUUUAUACCUAAGUGUUGUGCCUUGGUUCAGAGUUGCCACCACAAUUUCUAGUGUGUGUUCAAGUCAAAGAAACCGUACAUUACUCAGAAGCAGGCCUCAAUGAAUCCCUGGGAUUGCCACCUCAUAAGCUUGUACAGAAUUGCAGCCUGAGUAGGUUAGUCAUAAAGGUGCCCCACAGGCACUGUUUGGGAGGAUACAGCGAUCUUAGUCAUUUCUACAUCAUCUUUCCAGAAUGUGGAAUAGGGAGAAAGGAUAUUAAGUGGACCAGGAGCUGGGAGACCGGGAUUCAAAUCCUCACUCAGUCAUGAAGUUCACUGUCUGACUUGGGCCAGUCUCUCAGCUUAACACACUCCACAAGGUCUUUGUGAGGAUAACACGGGGGAAAGGAGACCCAUGACUGCCACCUAAUAAUAAUAAUAAUAAUAAUAAUAAUAAUUUAUUAUUUAUACCCCGCCCAUCUGGCUGGCUUCCCCAGCCACUCUGGGCGGCUUCCAAAAAAAUAUUAAAAUACUGCUAUACAUCAAACAUUAAAAGCUUCCCUAAACAGGGUUGCCUUCAGAUGUCUUCUAAAAGUCUGGUAGUUGUUGUUCUCUUUGACAUCUGGUGGGAGAGCGUUCCACAGGGAAGGCGCCACACCGAGAAGGCCCUCUGCCUGGUUCCCUGUAACUUGGCUUCUCGCAGUGAGGGAACUGCCAGAAGGCCCUCGGUGCUGGACCUCAGUGUCCGGGCAAAACGAUGGGGGUGGAGACGCUCCUUCAGGUAUACAGGACCGAUGCCGUUUAGGGCUUUAAAGGUCAGCACCAACACUUUGAAUUGAGCUCCUUGGAGGAAGGGUGGAAUGGACACAAACCCAAUAAUGAUUAAAAGAAAUGAGAAUUGUUUAAAAAGUAAAUAUCCAGCCUUCCUGCCCCUGGUUUUGCAUUGGGGAGGUGUGGAGGGCCGGUUUGGAAUCAUUAAACAAACAAAUGAAAAACAGCAACCCAGAAUCAAAGGGGGAAAUGAUCUGGUCUACAGCUGCGAUAUGCGGACCUAGAAACAUAAGACUUUAUAGGUAGCUCUUCAGCAAAUCCAGCAUGUGCCUUGCCUGUUGCAACAGGCUUGCCUGGGUGUGGUGUGCAAGAAGAGACUGCAACCCGUGCACAGUGUUCUUGUUUGAGCCUUUUGUAAUGCAAUUUAAAUUUGCCCAAGUGUUCCAUACUCUUUUUAUCCUUAGAAGCCUUUAAAAUAGAUUGUAUUGCAGUACAAUUUCAGCAAAACAGGGAAAGGACCAGCACGUUUAUUAGUGCAUAAGCUUUUGGAGGCUAAAGUCCACUUCGUCCAACGCAUCAUUUGUGGUAAACCGUGAACAUUUAUGUAACAAUACACUUGCAAACCCUUAAAGUGCUCCCAGUAUCUCCAUCCAUGUAACAAAAAUUGUAUAAGUAAAACAAAUACAUAGGGAAAGACAACAAAGCCACUUUGCAGCCAGUCCUGCUCAGUUACACAAAAAGGCAGCAAGGGAGCUCAGAGAACAAGGGCACUCCUAAGGCCUGGCUGGGUAUGUGUGGUCUUCAAGGAAACAGCUCUGAGCAUGCUCAGAACAGAUGCCUGGUUCUGACCUAGGCUAAGGCUGUUCUUGAGGCAGUCCUAACACCUCCCAAGUCUGCUAUAGUGGCUGUGCUGGAUAGCCCUCUUAACCACAGAUUUUUUAGCUGGACAAGUCCAUUCAAUCACUUGCCUUUUUUGCUUAGAGAUGCAUGGGAGGAAUUUGGGGUUGGCUGUGUGGGGCAGAGAGCUGAUUGACAGCAACGUUUGCAGAACCUCAGACUUCAAUCAGAAUUAUAAAAUGGGGGGGGGCAGGAAAGAGAGUGUAGCUUUGAAAUAAGUUUAUCUUUAAAAUGCUUGACAUACACAUUAGGAGGGCUGUGCCCGGUGCUAUUUUUGUAGAAAAAGAGGUGCCGGAACUUGCCAUGAACACCUCCCUCGUUCUCUUAGAAUGGCAAUGGUACCCACCUGAGAGGUGCCAGAACUGAGUUCCAGUGAGUUCCCACGGGAAAAAAGCCCUGGCUGUGCCCUGAUAACCCUGGUGGACCAGCUUCCACUGGUUCCCUGUACACCUAGCCUUCUGCUGAUGGCUUGGAACCUGCAAGUGGAUUGUCUGACCUAGGGGAAGUCAAUAGCAGCAGCACUAUUUUCUUUCAUGGCUUUUUGAGUGUGUGCACGUGAAUUUCGCUUUAAGGAGAAGGAAAAAGGCAGAGAGAGAUGGUUAAUAAUAAUAAUAACAAUAAUAAUAAAUCUUGUACUCCACCCAACUGACCGGGUUGCUGCAGCCACUCUGGGUGCCUUCCAACAAAAUGUAAAGGAACACAUCAAAACAUCAAACAUUAAAAGCUUUCCGAUACCAAUCUAGAUCCUAGUUCUGCUCAUCUUGGGGAGCAGGCAAGGAUCUAAGAGGAGCCGUGGUCCAGUGGGUAUCCUCAGGGUCUGGGGUCCCAAUCUCAGGUGGUAUAAGCUAAUACCAAAAUGAGUGCAGGGUUGCAGGUGCAGCACUGCUCAGACAAGCCAAAGUCAAGCACAGAGAAUCCAUCUAGGUCCAAAAUACAACCCAGAGGUGGGGAGGGGGGGCAACAGCUCAAGGUCAUUAUCACAGGGACUUCAGGCAAGAUACAGCACAACAAGGAGGGGUAACUGGACCAAGGAGUCAGCAGCUUGAGUUAUUUCCACAAACUGGAAGGCUCAAGAAGGAGACCUCCUUUAAUCUGCCCUUCUAGAUCACACUACUGCAGCUAGUAAUGAAGGCAUUUCCGAGAUUGCUUACUCAUGAGGCCAGGCGACAACUCUGGGAUUGUAGAAACAUGCUGUGUCAUUGCUGUCUGGCCUGGACCUUGAUCUUUUGGUGCCAGCACUCACAAGGACCUCCUCUUCUGACAACACCAAGGACUCUUCAGUGGGUCUUCUCAGCACUGAUUCCAAGGGGCCCUGCCAGCUCCUUAACCAGUGAUGUUUCUGGUUUGUCUCUGAGGACAAAUGUCUCUGAGGACAAAUGUCUGGUACCAGGUCAGAUAAAGGCAUGGCAGCAAGUCACUGAAGCCCUUCACAUAACUGGUGGAAAUCUUAGCCUUCCAUGAGGUUCUGAGGCUUCAGCAGGGUGGUCUUUGAGGCCAUAAGCAGAAUAAACUUGUUGCUUCAUCUGAAACAGGUUCAUACCCUUAAAUAAGACUAUGAGCCCUUAAGCACAUCACAUACCAAAAAAUAAAAAAAAUGAGGGGAGAACAUAAAUCAGAUCCUUUUUGUGCUAUUUGGUCUAAAUCAUUGAUAUAUGUCAAUACAACAGAGACGGAACAUGGACCCUCAAUGGUCCAAUUAAGUCUGUGGAGAGGAUAUAUUUUAGGGUUUAGAUUAUGGUAGAAUACUUUUUUAAUGCCUUGGAUUGUGGCUAUAAAAGUUGCAUCACAUGAAUUAAUGUAGGGUACAUUAAUUAAUUAAUGUAGGGUACAGAGCCUAGGGCUUGCCGAUCAGAAGGUCGGUUUGAAUCCCCGCAACAGGGUGAGCUCCCGUUGCUCGGUCCUUGCUCCUGCCAACCUAGCAGUUCAAAAGCACGUCAAAGUGCAAGUAGAUAAAUAAGUACCACUCCGGCGGGAAGGUAAACGGCGUUUCCGUGUGCUGCUCUGGUUCGCCAGAAGUGUCUUAGUCAUGCUGGCCACAUGACCCAGAAGCUGUACGCCGGCUCCCUCGGCCAGUAAAGCAAGAUGAGCGCCGCAACCCCAGAGUCGUCCGCAACUGGACUUAACGGUCAGGGGUCCCUUUACCUUUAUAAUCUUCUAUUACCUUCCCCUCCCUUUUAUCCACUCUAGUCACUUCGCCCCUCUUUCCUUGUUUAUCCAUAUGUUUUGUGUUGUUUGUAUUUUGUCUAUAUUUUAAAAAUUAAUAAGAUUUAUUUUAUAAAAUAAGACGGCACAGGUUAUGGCUUCAAAUGCAUAGAGUGUGCCCAUGAUGGACAGUGAACUGUUCCAAUGGUGUGUGUAGCUUUGGUGAGAUUCUUUUUCAUUAGAUUGUAAAGACUUUUUUUUCAAGACAUGUUAAAAUAAUUCAGUAGCGGAAGCUGCUGUGACUUGCAGUGCAGUCCUAUGCAGAAGUAAAUCUCCUUGAGUUCAGUUGGGCUUGCUGUCGGGGUCUAACUGCACACAAACUUUAGUUGGAAAGGUAGGGUCUCCUCUCUUACCUGCUAUCUCCAUCUUGUGGCAGGUUGCUGUCAGUAAUAUGGAAAUUGGUUCCAGCUUGUCAACUGCAGUUUGUUAUAAAAUUGCACUGUCCACUAAAAUGAGGCUUUCUGCUUCAGGUCUGUCCAUCUUCUUUUGCUAAUUUGUAUUUUCAGGCUAGAGGCUGCUUGAAUUUUGAUUUAUUUGUUUGCAAUGUUUAUAUGCCAACCAAAUAACAAGAGUUCCCCAGGUGCCUUACAAUAAAGGUAAAACAUUGCCUAUGAAAUUAAAACCGCAAUAUCUAAACACAGCAUAAAAACAGAAGCAAUAUAAUGAAAGUCACAGCAGCUCCCAAAAUGUCACAGUUCUUUAAAAUCCAGGAAUACCAAACCUAUAAAUCAAAAAAUGUUUCACGAUAAAAACCCUGGGAGUCCCGCUGAUGACCCCUGAUCUGUUGCUGCUAAGUCAACAGCCACCGGUGCCCCCUGCCCUGGUUUGUGUGUUAGUGUGCAUUGCCCACCCCCAUCACCAGACCUCUCCUUGUGUCAGCAGCUCUUUAUCAUCUGCUGCUGCUCCUUCCCACUGUUGCUCGUCCACAGUCUCCAUCACCACCUCUCUUCUUUGCAGUGCUCAUAACUCACUUGGAGGUAACCUCUCAGUCACUGGGCAUUUAGCCAAAGAUUCUCAAAAUGCAAGAACCUUCACAUGGGCAGGAUAGGGGAAGAGACAAUACUCAUCCUUAGUCACUACCUCCUGCAUCGUUUUUUCUUAGGUGUCAGUGGCCAUUAGGUGCGUCACCUGUCCCUGAUACCUCCUGUAGUGUAUCCUCUUGCAAAAGAAACCCCAUUUCACACCUUCAGGAGCAAGAAAGCCCUCCCACCAUACUCUGGGGAGGGGAUGCAUGGCCAAUGCUCCCCUUGUUACUGAUUAAGACAACAAAAAUAAGUGAGGACAAAGGUAAAGGUAAAGGGACCCCUGACCGUUAGGUCCAGUCGCGGACGACUCUGGGGUUGCGGCGCUCAUCUUGCUUUACCGGCCGAGGGAGCCGGCAUACAACUUCCAGGUCAUGUGGCCAGCAUGACUAAGCCGCUUCUGGCGAACCAGAGCAGUACACAGAAAUGCCAUUUACCUUCCCGCCGGAGUGGUACCUAUUUAUCUACUUGCACUUUGAUGUGCUUUUGAACUGCUAGGUUGGCAGGAGCAGGGACCGAGCAACGGGAGCUCACCCCAUUGCGGGGAUUCGAACCGCCGACCUUCUGAUUGGCAAGCCCUAGGCUCUGUGGUUAAGGCUACAGCACCACCCGCGUCCCUAAGUGAGGACAAAACCAACUAGCAAUUCCCGCACUCAUGUUCUUGCUUGAGGCUUUGUGCCACACCUGGACUCACUACCAUGCUCUCCAGGUUAGUGUUGCACAUAUCUUCCUAUAUACAUAAAAAUGCAAGGCUGCUAUCAUUUGUAGUGCUGCAUCAUAAUCCUGGAUUUCGUUGAAGUCGGAGCACAGCCCCCACUGAAGAAAUUGCAUAAAUUCAGAGUCAGGUCAGGGAGCAAAAGAGACGGUAGGCUGUACAUCACCAGCAGCCACCACAGACAGGGAAAGUGGUGGCGUAAAACAACAGCAGACAUUUGAGUAAAACGGGUGGAGGGAACUGAGAGUAAAAUGGCAGUUUUACACCAUGACAGAGGUCUGAGUAAAGUUCUGCAUCUUUUAUCUCUCACAUGAGGAAGCUGAGGAAGAAGUUUGAGAAUAAAAAGAGAGACACUGAAAAAGAAGUGGCUGUUUUAAAUAAGGGCAGAGGUUUGAGUAAAGCAGCGGUAAAGCAACACUAAGGGAAAAAAUUGUUUUAAACUACAGAUAUUUGAGUAAAGCAGGAGUGCAGUUUUAAACAACAGCAGAGGUUUGAAUGAAACACCAAUGGAAACGAAAUGGUAGAGAUUUUAAACGGUGGCAGAGGUUAAUAUAGUGUUGAGUAGGGGUGACAAUGAAGGAAGGAAAGUGGCAAUUUAAAACAGGGAUUGAGGACAGCAGGAAGGAAGUUAGGGAAAGCCUCUGCUUUGUUAGCUUCUGCAUUGUAGCUUCUCUUGAUAUUUCUCAUUCUUCAAACUGCUUUGUUUCCUUGCUUUUAGAAAAACAAGCCCUCCGUGUUAUUCCACCCUGCUUCACUCAGACUUCUGCCAUUUUUUGAAUGCGGCAAGAAGGGAGGACACUCAAAGGGGCAGGGUGGCUGUUUUACACUUCUCCUUCCAUUCCUCAGUUGUCUCAGGUGAGAGAAAGGAUGCAAAGAGCCCUCAAAUAUUCUAGGAAGCACAACAGGCCAGUGAUAAAUUGCUCCAGUCAUCAACCUAGCUACUGCAUUCUCUAAACGUAUUAUGAGUAAUCUCAGAAAUACUUUAAAAUAAAACCAGCCUAUUAUUAUUAUUAAAGAGAUUAUACAUAUUACUCCAGAGUACCUGAUAUUUAUUCACAAAUAUUUGUUUUACAUCAUCAGAAUUAACACAAAGGAUUGACUAUGCAACUCUUGGUACUACUCUAUAUAGUGAUCACAGCCCAAUUAGUUUUAAUAUUAACUUUACAAUAUAAUGCAAAUCUUAAUUUGUUCUUAAUACGGAGUGAGUCUUUUGUUAAAACUGUUUCAGAGGAACUUAAAUAAUAAUGAUACCCCAAACAUUAAUGAUUCUAUAUUAUGGGAAUCGGCUACGGCCGUUUUUUGGGGGGGGAAUUAAAAAAAGGUGCAUCUAAGGGGGGAAAGGAUGCAAGGAAAAUGAUUAAUGAAAAAUUAUUAGAGGCUAAAAGGCUAUUACAGUGAAAGCACAGUUUGGUUUAGCAAGAAAGCAGGUUCUUUAAAAUAAAGGUAACAGAUGAUAAAUUACUCGCAUAUUAUUUAAGAAAGAAGUUUAGAAAGCAAGUAAUUCCACUUAAUAGGAAGGAUGAUAAUCAAUAUGUUCUUAAUGAGCAAGAACUAAAGGAAGGGUUUAAGAAAUAUUAUAUCAAGUUAUGUCUUCCAAAAGUCCACAAAUACAAGAAAAAACAAAAGUUUUUUCCUAACAGGUGUAGAAAAAGAAUGUUUGCAUGCUCCAAUUCAAGAAAAAGAAGUAAGGAAAAUAAUAGCAAAAGCCAAAAUUCAAAAAUCGUCCAGACCUGAUGGAUUUUCAUUUGAGUUCUACAAAGCACUUGCCUGCAUUGCAGGGGGUUGGGCUAGAUGACCAUUGGGAUACCUUCCAACUAUACAAUUGUAUGUUUUACAGGAAACUCCCCACUCACACAGAAGUGCAUUCAUGACCACCCCCACCCCCUUGCAGUGCUGUAAAUGGCACAUGCGUGCUGAUCACAUGGACAUAGGGCGAUUCCUGUAAUUCCAUGUUGAGGGAAGGUAAAAUCCUACAAACAUUGAAUGAGGAUUCAGUCAUGAUUUUUCCCAAACCAGAAAAGAAUUUAUUACUACCCAUACAGCAUAAUCCAGUAUCAUUAUUAAAUUCUGAUUAAAAAUAUUUGCAUCAACACUGGCAAGGAGCUUUGAUGUGGUAAUGCAUAAAUAAAUUUAUACAGUAGGUUUUUCUUAGAAGGAGAAUGGCAUAUAAUAUCCUUGAAAUGAUAAAUAUAAUAAUUUCAUCAAUGGGGGAAUCAUUUAUCACUUUUGUCGACACUAAAAAGCUUUUGAUAGGGUUGAAUGGUCCUAUCUUUUAUAUGUGCUGAAAAAAGUUGUCUUCGGAACAAGUUUUAUAAAAUAGAUUCAGUUUACUCCAAGCAAGAGUUUUAGUGAAAGGAAGCUUAUCUACAAAAUUUAAUCUGCAGAGAGGGCAACAUCAAGGUAAUAACUUGGCAACGAUUAAAUAUCAGUUUUAUAUGGGCUGAAAAACAAAAACACCACAAGUUAAAGCUAAAAUAACGUACACCAACAAAAAUAAGGGAGGGUUGUCAUCUCCUGAUUUAAUAAAUGAAUUUCAGGCAAAUAAUUUGGAUUACCAAAUGGUAUUAUCAACCAGGACAAGGAGAAAUAGAAGCAGUAGAGGAAUGUUUUGUAACAAUCCCAUCAAAUUUAUUAUUAUGGAUGGACCCAAAAGACAGAAUAUUGGAGAAGGGUUGUUUCUCCAGCACUUUGCACUAUAUGGGAUAAAUAAAAAGCAAACUGUGUCUAUUGACAUCACUAAUUACAUCUCUGCUAUUUUAUCCACCAUUCAGUAAAAAUGAAACCAUGGAGUAGUUUGUUAACUGGCAUAAAGGAGGGCUGGAAAAUUAUGGUUGAACAAAUUGGUAAUAAUCAAAUAAUGUCUAUAGAUCAAACGAGGGAAGCUUUGGAUAAUGUAGAAUUCAUAUUAUAUUAAUAUUUUUGAAUUAGAGAUUCUUAAAAUAAAUGGCCAUAUAAGUUUGAGAAAUCAAUUUGUCAAAAACCUGGAAAAAAAUCGUCCCAAAAAUAUCAAAUUGUUAUUCACGUGGGAGAUAGAACAAAAAAUUGACUGUGUUACAAAAUGGGAGGAAAUUACUAAAGUGCUAUGUUGUGUUUUAUUUUAUUUUUAUAUACAUUUUUAUUAGUUUUUAACAUAUUACUUAUCAUUCAUACAACAAAACUUCUCAUCUUAUACAAUAAUUUUUGGACUUCCGUCAACACCUCUGAUGAUUUUCCAUUCUUAUCACUUAUUAUGCAUUUCUUAAUUCCAUAUUUAAUUAUCUUUAACUAAGAAUUCUCCUCAUUAUCUUUUUUUGCAAUAUUUCAAAUAAUUCACCUUACAAAACUUCUUGCAAACCGUGCUGUGUUGUAUUUUAAUGCCAUUUAACAGCAGUGCUGCAUGGGCUAUCAGUUCCUCAAGGAUGGAUAAAUCUAUAUUGAUGUCUGUGAGGGGAGGGACUCUGUUAAACUUUGGAUAUUGUGGUAUUUAUACACAACAUAUACAAAGUGGGAAAUGAUGAGUGCUGGAAAUAGAUGGAUGUGGAAUGGAUAGAACAGAGUUAAUCCACUGCUGGUGGAACUGUCCUGAGGCUAAAAAGUAAUGGCAUGAAAUGGUAUCUAAUAUAAGCUAAAAGGGGAUUAAAACAGAUGUGAAUUUUCUACAUGUCUGGAUAAGUUUGCCUAAACAAAAACAUUUUAAACAGGCACCGAAAAAAGUACAGCAAAGGUGUCUUCCAGAUAUCAGUAGGCAGGGGGGUUCCAAAGUGUAGGUGCUGCCACACUAGAAUAAUGAUUUAUACAGCAGAAUGAAUAUUAUGUGGCACCUGUAACUGUGCACAGUUCCGCAGAUCAAAAAAGUUGGACCUAAUUUUUUUUUUAAUGACUAUUCCCAUAGGUUCCCACUCUGUGAUACUGUGAUGUCAAAAGUUUUUUGGGGGGAUCCAAGAUCCCCCAAAUUUGUCCAUUAAAUUCCUUUUUUAAAAAAUUAAAUUACUGACUGCUCCCUCCCAGAAUUCAACCCUUCCCUUACAAGUUGCCCCUCAAAACUCACCUUUUGCAGGGAGCCUCUGGAACAGCCAGCACCCUGUUGUAACUAAGCCAAAAUUCAUGUAAUUGCAAUGAUCACAUACUCUUCCCCUUUUGCCCUGACUCCAUUCUCCGCUUCCUCUGUUGUUUCACUUGUAUUUAUUUUAAAACUGUAAGCUCCUGUGAUAGGAACCUAUCAAACACAAUGCAGAACACAAUGUAGAUAGCAUUUGUUGUUGUUGUUGUUGUUGUUUAGUUGUUUAGUCGUUUAGUCAUGUCGGACUCUUUGUGACCCCCUGGACCAGAGAACGCCAGGCACUCCUGUCUUCCACUGCCUCCCGCAGUUUGGUCAGGCUCAUGCUGGUAGCUUCAAGAACACUCUCCAACCAUCUCGUCCUCUGUCAUCCCCUUCUCCUUGUGCCCUCCAUCUUCCCGACAUCAGGGUCUUUUCCAGGGAGUCUUCUCUUCUCAUGAGGUGGCCAAAGUCUUGGAGCCUCAGCUUCAGAAUCUGUCCUUCCAGUGAGCACUCAGGGCUGAUUUCCUUAAGAAUGGAUAGGUUUGAUCUUCUUGCAGUCCAUGGGACUCUCAAGAGUCUCCUCCAGCACCAUAAUUCAAAAGCAUCAAUUCUUCGCCGAUCAGCCUUCUUUAUGGUCCAGCUCUCACUUCCAUACAUCACUACUGGGAAAACCAUAGCUUUUACUAUACAGACCUUUGUUGGCAAGGUGAUGUCUCUGCUUUUUAAGAUGCUGUCUAGGUUUGUCAUAGAUAACAUAUCAUUAUCAUUAGAUAGCAUAUCAUUAGAUAGCAUAUCAUUAUUAUCAACAAUGAUAAUAAUAAUAAUAAUAAUAAUAAUCAACACAACUUUAUUAUUGUUAUUAUUCUAAUAAUAACAACUGUUGUUGUUGUGUGCCAUGACAGUGCAGUCUGAAGUGUUUGACUCUGUUGAAAGCUACGUCAGUGGCUCCACCCUUUGCACCACUUUCCAAUCCGUACAGAAGUACUUCUGUGUAUAAAAGCCCCAGCUUUUUGCAACCCCAACCCCAACCCCACCCCUCUCUCUCUCUCUCUCUCUCUCUCUCUCUCUCUCUGGUGUGCAGGGAUGCCAGUAGCUCUGAUUGAUAUUCCCGGCACUGUAGCUCAUGCCUCGCACAUUCAGCUGCAUUGCUGUUUGCUUAUUAGAACUUGUGAGCCCUUUGGAGCAAGUCAUUAUCUACUACCUCCUGGUAUCAAGCCAAGGACCUUUUGUGACCUCAUCUAGCAGCAUUUGGAGACUUCUGUGUAUUGGGCAGAACAGACACAGGAAAGGGAGGCUGGGGUAUGGAGUAUUAACUGGUGAGAGUUUAUAAGGCUCUUUCUGUUGACCUGUUCUCCUAAAUUUUCAAUUGCAACCAGUUAUUGCAUACCGAUAGUGCUGCAAGCAUGCCAUUUAUUCGUGAUUUGUAAUUAUUGUCAUAAUCCUAUGGCAGUGCAGGAAAACCGUGGGUGCAUAAUUCAUGAUCCAGGUUCAUAAUUCAUCUCCCAGUCAUUCUUUUGCUCCUUGCCCCUCAACACUUCUCUGAUGGCUGACUGCAGCAGUAGAAAUAAAGGAACCUUAAAUUGCCUCUUUAAUCUGCUUCCUGUUCUGAUGCGAGAAGCAGCGGUUGGUGAGAAGACUUGGCCGAGAGAAGGGAGGUUAUGUAAGUCUCCAUACCCAUUGCCAACUUUCUUCCUUCUUAAUUUGGGGUCUGGAUACCCACUCCUUACAAAAGUUGUAUGGAGAGGAGCCACCUUCUUUUCCUAAGACCCCCAUGGGAACAUGCACAGGAACUUAAAUCAGUCUCACUCUCCCUUUGAACAUUCAUGGCUUCCCCCAAAGAAUUCUGGGAACUGCAGUUUGUUAAGGGUGCUGAGAGCUGUUAGGAGACUCCUCUUCCCAUCUCAAGGCUACAAUUCCCAGAGUUCAUUGGGAAGAGAGAUUUAUUGUUAAACCACUCUGGGAAUUUCAACUCUGUUGGAGGGAAUAAGUGUGCACACGCAAGUCCUGCUAUCCAAACACAACGCGUUUUCAGGAAAUUGUUCAUUGGGUGAACGUUUCACAUAACGAGCUAACGAUUUCCAUUGCUUACUAUAGGGAAAUUUCUAAUGCAUUCUUGAACAUGGAGUUUUCACACACACACACACACACACACACACACGAAAAAAAACCUGGAAAACCUCUGAAAGUUUGCAAAAGGAGGGAAAGGGAGACAGCAGAAAAAUAAGAGAGCACCUUUUGCUUAUUUGCUUGCUUUUUGCAAGUGAAACGGUUGCUGCAGACCAAAACACAAAAAGCAAAGUUUGCUUAAGGCUGCUUAUGUGUUUACAGUACUACAUGUAGGUCUGGCUGUUUGGGUACCUGUGGUGUGUAUUGCGAGGUCUGGGCACUAAUUCCUCAUCUUUGGAUAAGUGAAUUUUUGUACAAUGAGCAUUUGGAUAGCAGGCGCUGUGAGUAUACAGUAAGGGCAAAGGCAGCUGUUGAAAUAAAGGGCAGUUGAGAAGGUACUUUUGCUCUAGACCAGGGGUCUGCAACCCGCGGCUCCGGAGCCGCAUGUGGCUAUUUUACACCUUUGCCGCGGCUCCAGGGCAGAUACUAGCGAGGGGAGGAGGCGCAUGGUGCGCCCCAACACUCCCCACUGUGGCGGGUGCUGUACUGGCUGUGAGGUCACAUGGGGGCGGUGCGUGCGUUAGUCACACACCGUCCCGACGUCACCUUCCCACCCGCCCGCCCGCUACAUUGUAAGGGGCAUGUACGCUGGUCACUGUUUUGAAGGGGAGUGAAGAACACACACACACAAAAAGGUAACUUGUUAAUUUAACGUUUAUUUCUAUGAGGAGGAGUAAUUCUGAGGGGUCAAACAAAGAAAUAAUUAAAAAGUGACAAAAAAGUUAUUUUUAUAAUGACGAGUUUUGCGGCUCCCAGUUUUUUUUCCUUUGGAAACGGGUCCAAGUGGCUCUUUUUGUCUUAAAGGUUGCAGACCCCUGCCCUAGACCUUUAAGGAAGUGUCUUUAGAGAAGCUUUGGGAGAGCCAGUGGAUUAAUAUUUUGAGCACACCUGCCUGCUCUGUUCCCCUGUUGUCAAUGGGUAGAUAGGGGAGUUCCAUUCAGCCCAUCAAAGCAUUGUAAAGGAGAGCAAUUCUGUGGAGUUUCCCUAAAUUCUCCACAAUUUGUAGGGGAAAAAUGAAGUAGAACCAUUGGCAGGUCCGAGCUGCUUCUGUCUGGGGACAAGUUAUCAGGAAUCUCAGGGCUUUGGGGAGAUAAUUUUGUACUUGGUACUCAAACAUAAAACAUGCGUACAGUUUUGCUUACUUCAAAAUGGAUGAUACUCGGAAUGGAAAAGAAAAUGUCUCCAAAAUGGUGGUCCUUGGAGGAUUGUGAAAAAUGGUGGUAGCCCUACUUGUCUCUGCAAGGCAUCUCUCUGGCAGCAGGAAUGCCAGCUGCUUCUUUUUCAUUGGCUCUGCUCUUCUGAAUUUAGCAGCAGCCAGAUACACACAAAAAGCUAAUGAGAACGAAAAGUAAGCUUAUCAGUGCAGCAGUCCUGUGCACUAAUGAAUAAAAUCUUUUCAUCACGGGGGAACUUACUUCUAACUAUACAUGUAGAAGCUCAGAAUGGAAGUUUCUCUAGCCAGGUGAUGAAUGGCUUCAUCUGUUUAAUUUCUUAAUCUUAGCAUUCUGGAGGAGUAGGAGUGCAAGUCAGUAGCAGAGCAUCUUCUUUGCAUGCAGAAGGUCCUGUCGGGUUAAUCCCUGGUAUUUCCAGGUAAAGGAAAGGUCCCUGCCUGAAUCCGCGGACAAGUGCUGUGCAGACGGUACUGAGCAAGAGGAACCGAAGGUCUGUCUUGGCAGCUUCCUGUCCUGGUUCCCACUGGGCGAAGAACUCAAAUUAUGGGUUCAACAAAACCGUUAAUACUGAAAUCAGUGCAGUACGUAAACAAAGGGAAGUUCAAGACCCUGCAGAUGCAAUGCAUGGCUAAGCAAGCUAAGACGUUGGUCCAACAAGCAACCUCCUCCUCACCUAUGAUCCCAUGAUAUGGGCACAAACUUAGCCCGGCAAGCGGGACUGUUCCUUAGACUAUAAAUGCCAGCGGGCAUUCCUUUGAUAAGACUGGGCUCAUGCCUGUGCUGUGAAUCCUCUGGAGUAGACAGGUUUCUCUUGAGGGGCCAAACCAGAGACAGACUCAGAUGCCUUUGGAGGCAGGAUUAGCCUCACAAGCAAGAUGUCUGGAGUGCACCCUGGCAGCGCCUGAGAUGCAGAAGCUGCAUGCCUGGGUGAUGGGAUCAGGGAGAGAGGACCCCGCCAAACUAGCACCUUCUCCUGGAUCCUCAUCCGCAAGCCCUGGCAGGGUCUGUCCAACCCCACUGAGACCCUCUCCAAGAGCAUCCAUUGCAUCCAGCCAGCCCUGCUAUUUGGAACUCAUUGCGCUUCCUAUGGGCAAAGCAAGAGGACGUGGGGACACCAACUUUUAGCUCCACCUACCACUCACUGCCAUGUCCUCUGCCCCACCAGGCCCAAUGCACAGACAGGGUCAAGCAGGAACUGGGAAGAAGCAGCUAUUACCAUUAUUUCAAUCAUAGUCAUUGGCAACAUUUCUGGCACAGAGGGGAGUAGAUAGCUUUGCAAGCCUCCAUGGAGCCCAUUGGCCCCACAUUGGUGACUUCUAGUAUAGAAAGCAUUAUUAGUGAAAAUGCUGGGUAAAUCUUUCAAAAUAAUAAUGCUAAUUUACAUCAUUUAUGCAGGUUACAGAUUCAGCUUUUCUUGUGGCCAAUGUAAGUUCCUCUGUGGGGCAUUCUUUUCAUUUUCUUUAAAGGUAAUGCAGAGUAAACUCUAGGCUUGCAGGCAAACAGUGUACGCUUAAUAAUGUAGUUUGCAUAUAAAGGGCAUAAUUCUCCUCCUUCUCAUCUUACUGCUUCCCCUUGACAAAAUGAUGAGAUGGAUAGCCACAUAAAAGUGAGUAAGUCUUGAGUAGCAUCUACCAGCAGGUGUCCCUGUGGCUGCAGCUGAGAAGGAAACAAACUCAGUAAUCGGAACCAGAACACAGAGCAACGAAGGUACGCUGCGAACUGCAGCAGGCAGUGGAAGUGAUAAGAGCCCAAGCAACUCUUCCCAAGGAAGAUCCAGAGCUGGCUCAGGUGUUGCUGGUCAGGAAACCAAGUGGUAGUGACAUUACUGAAUGAUAAUAAGUGUGUUCACCUGCUGUCUUAGAAGCACUGUGACUCAGGGGUAGGGCAGGCAGAGGUCCCAGCUUCAGUCGCUGGCAUCUCUAGGUAAGGCAAGGACAGACUCUAGUUUGAAACCCUGGAAAAGCACUGCCAGUUACUAGCAGCAAUAGUGAGUUAGAGGGACCACUGGUCUGACUUGAUAUAAGGCAGCCUCCUCUGUUUCCAGGCUACCAAGAAGUGUGGGUGUUGUUCACACCAAAUUUGCAAUGUGUUGCAGGAAACCAAAUGCCUCAUUAAAGAGGGAUUUGUUCCCCAAGAUGUUCCAUAUCACGCUGAACAGUAAUCAAAAGAGCGUGAAAUGUGCUGGCCAGGAAGAGUUUUCUGCCAGCCCACCUCUGCAUCAGAAUAUCAGCUGGUUGGAACAGGCUCCUUUUCAAGCAACAGAAAUGGACUGCCCUCAGCCCUCGAUAUAUUAAGAGGAAAGGAACCACCCUGCUGUUGGCAAUCUGGAAUCUUUCUGAGACUGCAGUUCUUUAAGGUCAUCGUUUUGGAAGAGACACACUCCAAUGUGUUGUUUUAAAUUCCAUACUUUCUAGAACUCCUAAUGAAUUAUUAUUAUUAUUAUUAUUAUUAAUUAAACAAAGUAAGCUGCAACAAAUAUUGUGGGAUGCAUGUAUACUCAGAAGAAAAUCCCAUUGAAUUAAAUGGAGCAAACAGAUAGGAGGGCAACAAUCUGGUUUUCUUUCUUAAGUUCAGAGUUCUGAAAUUUCUUAUUUGAGGAGUGGCAGCGAUGCAUUUGCAAUCCCUUUUCCUCAAGCUUGCUGUCAUGUGCAAUUUGCUGCAGUUUUCAGUGUGAUUAUGCACAUUAAUUAAACCAUACAAAAAGGAUUGAACAGGGAUCUUUUUAUAUGGAUUUAGUCUUUGAGUGAGUUCCAAGCGGUGUGUUUGGUCUUUCAAGGGGGAUACUAUUGCACCCAGAACCAGUUGUAAACUUUCUUCUAGAUCUGGGGAUCUCACAAUCUUGCUCAGAUUUAAACUCAGGUUAUUCACCCUCAUCCACCCCAGAACUGUCUCCAGCCAUCAGUUCAGAACUUCAACAACACCUUGGAUCAGAGGAUGACAAAGAGAGGUAGAGUUGUGUGUCACCAAUGUACUAACAACACUGCAAACUUCUAGAUGGCUUUCCUCAUUGGCUGAAAAUCAUAUAGACUCCCAUGGAACUCUGUAAACCCUGGCACCACCCUAUUAAGUACAGCCAUCCAGGAAGGACCAGAACUACUGUAAGAUGGCGCCCCCUUUAGCCCAACCCCAACAGGUGACCUAGAAGGAUACCAUGGUAGGUGGUAUUGAAAGCUGCUAUGAGAGGUCCAGAACUAAUAUGGUAGCACAUAACCCAUCCAUUCACCAGUGAAAGCUACUUUUGUCCCGUAACCAGGCCUGCAACCAGACUGGAAUGGAUCCAAAUAAUCACCAUCACCCAAGACUGUCUGGAAUUAAGAGGUAACCACUCAUCCAGCACCUUGCCCUCAAGAGGAAAAUUUGAGACCAAGGGGUCCAUAAGUAGUCUUAUCAGCACCUCCUUGAAGCAGAUAGGAACAAACCCUUCCCUCAGGGAGGUAUUAAGCUACCUCAGAAGCCUAGACACCCAGUCCUAAAAGGCAAGGGUCAAGUGAGCAGGUGGUAGGCCCAGGGACAGUCCAUCCCAUUUCACCACCUGAGCUGAAAUGGGAAGGAGCCCUCCUGCUGAAACCUCACUUAGCAGGGUUGUGCAGCUUCCAGGUUCCAGUGAGAUCUCACAAGAGGCCUGCAAGAUCUCACAGAAACCUGGAAGAUGCUGCUUCCCCUUGCUUUUUGAGCAGUCAUGGCAGCAGGGUCAGGCAGAGUUCUCCCUCAGUGCAGAAGAAGUGACUACAGCAGCUUCUGGUUAGCUAUCACAAGAACCCCAUGAGAUCUCACCAGAAGCCACAACUGUUUAUUCUCACUUCUCCACCUGAGGUGGCUGCCUCAGAUCACAGGAAGAAAGCAAUCUAUGAAAAAAGUUUAGUGUUUGACAAGAUUAAGGGAGGGAGGAAACUACUGGAAACACUAAAGAGGCUAGAAUCAUAGAAUUGCACAGUUGGAAGGGACCCCAAGGGCCAACCAGUCCAGACCCCUGCAAUGCAGGAAUCUCAGCUAAAACAUCCAUGACAGAUGGCCACUCAACCUCUGCUUAAAAACCUCCAAGGAAGGAGAGUCCACAACCUCCCAAGGGAGACUGUUCCACUGUCAAACAGCUCUUACUGUCAGAAAGUUCUUCCUGAUGUUUAGUCGGAAUCUCCUUUCUUGCAACUUGAAACCAUUGGUUCGGGUCCUGCCCUCCAUAACAGGAGACAACAAGCUUGCUGCAUCUUCCAUGCCUUUUAGAUAUUUGAAGAUGUGGUCUAAACCACUAAGCCUAGGGCUUGCCGAUUAGAAGGUCUACGGUUCAAAUCCCCGCGACGGGCUGAGUUCCCGUUGCUCGGUCCCUGCUCCUGCCAACCUAGCAGUUCGAAAGCAUGAAGUGCAAGUAGAUCAAUAGGUACUGCUCCGGCGGCAAGGUAAACGGCGUUUCUGCGCGCUGCUCUGGUUCACCAGAAGCGGCUUAGUCAUGCUGGCCACAUGUCCCGGAAAACUCUCUGCAGACAAACGUCGGCUCCCUCGGCCUGAAAGCGAGAUGAGCGCCGCAACCCCAGAGUCAUCCACGACUGGACUUAACGGUCAGGGGUUCCUUUACCUUUACUAUCUAAAUUAAAAUACAGUAGUACCUCAGGUUAAAUACUUAAUUCGUUCCGGAGGUCUGUUCUUAACCUGAAAGUGUUCUUAACCUGAAGCACCACUUUAGCUAAUGGGGCCUCCUGCUGCCGCCGCGCCGCCGGAGCACGAUUUCUGUUCUCAUCCUGAAGCAAAGUUCUUAACCUGAAGCACUAUUUCUGGGAUAGCGGAGUCUGUAACCUGUAGCUUAUGUAACCUGAAGCGUAUGUAACCUGAGGUACCACUGUACAGCUUCCAGCUUUGAGGUUUUACUAUAUAGCAGUUGAAUUCUGGUUUGAUUCUGUAUGAUAUAUGUGAGUAAGAAACCUACUUCCUGCUCCUCCGUUGCCAGAUUUCUUUUAUUGUUUGACUCUCUUGUUCCUACAUUCUAGUUUGUGUUUUGGUUAGAGUAAAAGUGGCUGUUCUGCACUGACCAGAGUACUUCCAAGAUCUCAUCUGACUCCAGAAUGCUAUGAAUGAUACGAUUCUAUGAAAACUUUGACACACCUGCCUAAUUUCUGACCCUGAGGACAGACUGUUUAGGAAUGAAUCUACAUGUGAUUGUAUUAGGGAUAUGCAGCCCAAAUUAUGAAGUGAAUUUGGGUGAGGUUUUCACAUGUUUGUGUUGGACUGUACCAGUAAUAAGGCAUCUCACAUUGCACCAGGGACCCUCUAAAGUCUGAUGUUGAUCUGUGGACUUAGCCACCCCCUCCCCCCAAACCAUGACAUUUUCCUAUUUAAUAUAAAGCAACUAUUGCAAUUAAACAAAAAACACCCUGAGCUCAAGUGGGAAGAGGGUGGAGAGUUGGGCUUUUUUUGGUGGUCAGGUCUAGGUUUUCAUGAGAACAAAAUAGUCUUCCAAGGCAUACAUAUUACAAUGAUUUGGAGGAGGAAUGUUGAAGUAAAUAAAAAGCAUUUGUUUCCUUGAUGCUGUUCUGCGAGUUCUGCCUGAGAAAGCAGGGGGCUUGGAAGAGGAGUGGACUGUUGGCAUUCUUCCCAGUUGCUUUCUGUUUCCUAGCAAACAACUGAAAAUCAAUACUUCAAUCAAUUUGACUUCAUUCUGCUGUUUUUCAUUUUUUCCAGAUUGUGUAAGUUUGGUUGUUAUUUUGCAAACUUUUAGGAGGGGUCAGUAUAGGGUCAUUCCAUUUUACCCCUGCCUUAGUUCAGUUGUACGGCUUUUAUUUAUGUGAUUUAUUUAUUUAUUUGUUUCUUUUUUUAUUCUAAGCACAUUCUGUUUUUUAACAAACAACACCCACUAUAAUUACUUGUUUUUAAUUCUCUUUGUUCCAUUUUAUUUUUCCUUUUGUUUGUCUUCCAAAAAAGAAACAUGCCUUGAUGCUUAAUGUGUCUAUUGCUUUUAUUAAUUUUGCGAUUUAGUUGAAUACUUUAAAAAUAUCAAGAAUACUCAGGGAUGUUGAGACCUUUUGAGAGUUGCUAUGGGCCACCACCUUAAAACCUCUAUGCAUAGAAUCUGCAGUCUGCCUAGUCAGAAUGAAACCCGGAUGGAUGGAUAGAUGGAUGGAUGGAUGGAUGGAUGGAUGGAUUUAUUAAUUAAAUUUCUGUACUGCCAUUCAUCCAAGGAUCACCUGGCAGUUUAAAAUAUAAAAUCACAAAAACAUAUACCAUAGCAACAAACAAAACAGUAACCCCCACCACCUGAGUUUAAAAGGCCAUAGAUGGUUUAAUUAGCCAAAAGCCUGGGAGAAGAGGAAUGUUUUUGCCUGGUACUUAAAGAUUUGUAAGGAAGGCCUCAGGUCAACCUCCCUGGGAAAAGGGUUUCCCAAAUGGGGAGCCACCACAGAAAAGGCCCAUUUUCAUGUUACCACCCACCAGACCUCUUGUGAGGGAGGCCCAUGAAGAAGGGUUUCAAAGGAUGAUCACAGGGUCCAGGCUGGUUCAUAUGGGGAGAGGUGGUCCUUGAGGUAUUGCGGUCAGUGCCGGAUUUAUGUAUAAGCUAAACAAGCUAUAUCUUAGGGCCCCACUCUCUUGGGAGCCCCAAGAAAUUUAAAGGAGGAAAAAACUGGAUGUACAUUUCCAAAAUAUAAGAUAAAAAACAAAUAAAAUAAAACCUACAUACAGUGGUACCUUGGGUUACAUACGCUUCAGGUUACAGUCUCCGCUAACCCAGAAAUAGUACCUCGGGUUAAUAACUUUGCUUCAGGAUGAGAACAGAAAUCUGGCGGCGUGGCGGCAGCAGGAGGCCCCAUUAGCCAAAGUGGUACCUCAGGUUAAGAACAGUUUCAGGUUAAGAAUGGACCUCCGGAACGAAUUAAGUGCAUAACCAGAGGUACCACUGUACAGCUACAGUGUUUUGUAUUGUGUAGGCUCCUAUGAUGUAAAUAAUGGGCCCCACCUGCUAGCCUGCUCUCUAAAAUAUCACUGGUUUGCUCAUUUCUAUAUACAGUACAGAUCAACAAUUACUUUGAUAAAAUACAUUUUUUGUUAUGUGCAAAUGGCUUUAGAUACCUAUUAGGUCCAUAAAUUGCCAUGUGGCAUAUAUUCAACACAAAAAAACCAGCAACAAUUUGUUGUUGACAAAGGACAGCUGGACAUAUGAUUGCGGUCCUGAGCCAUUUAAGGCUUUAUAGGUCAAAACCAGCACUAUGAAUUGGGCCCGGAAGCUAAUUGGCAGCCAGUGCAGUCUAGUCAGGAUCGGUGCAAUAUGCUCAAACUGUACUGAGGUAUCACCACACCACCAUGUUCAACCUUGAAGUAAGGACAGCAAAAAGGAGCUUCAGACCUGGUUAAUCAAGAGGGUUGCCAUGAGCCCUGUGUGGGAUGGGUGAGAUCUGCCAGAGGGAGAAAGGGAUUCUGAGAUAGGGGGCAGAGGCAGUUCAAACACCUUGCUUGCCGUAUCCACCAUCCCUGCAAAUUGGAACGGUUCAGACCAAGCCGUGCAAUCGCUGCUUGCCAGUCCACUGCUAAGUCAUUGUGGAGUGAUUUAAAGUAAUGAGCAAUGUCUCCACCAUUUGACAGGUUGUUAGUUUCACGCCUUUCCCUGGUCGGAGCCCAUCCUGCACGGUAUCAGUUUCAUUGGCGCUUGACAGCCCCAACUAAGAAUGUUCUCUUUCAGGCAGAUCUAAUUCAGGGGCUUUGUAUGUCUCCUACCAGAUGCCAGUUGCAUUCCCCUGUUAGAUUGUCCGUCUCAACAACUUAGCGCAUCUAAGUUAUGUUGGUAUAGAGCAAAAAGGACCUUGGUGGGUAUGGGAGAGAUUAAAUUAUGCAGCCAUCUUGCACGCUGGCAAGCCGCCACCCCCACGACAUACAUUUUGGGGGACUGGCGUCCACUUCAUCAGAUGCCUCUGUGACUAUGGCACUUAUGAGCAAAAAAACCACUUUGAAAGGUACAUAACUUGAAGACAAGGGUAAAAAUAUGUAAAACAGUGAUUUAUUAUAUAGAUAUAGAUCUAUAGAUACACACACACACACACACACACACACACACACACAAAACAGGGAAUCUUGGAGGUUUAGAUGUACCUUUUAUGUGAUUUCUACUUUUGAGGAGGCAGCAUCACAAAGUGUGAGAAGUCAUCUUGAAUAUGCCUUAUGUUUAGUACAAAGAUCGUUGGCCUUGACUAUCUUCAGGUUGCUAACAGCUCUUAGUAUUUAUUACUGUUGCAUGUACUGGGUACGGUCUAGCUCAUCUCAUGAUCUAGGUGGGCUCUCUUAAUGGAGAAGUGUUUCUCAGGUUGCAUUGAUAAGUUGAGCUUCCAUGCUCCAGCAGGUGCAGAAUGCCGCAGCGAGACUCCUUACGGGGUCUUCGCUGCGAGAUCACAUUCAUCCGGUGCUAUACCAGCUGCACUGGCUCCCGGUGGAGUACAGGAUCAGGUUUAAGGUGCUGGUUUUAACCUUCAAAGCCCUAUACGGCCUAGGACCCUCGUACCUACGGGACCGCCUCUCCUGGUAUGCCCCACAGAGGAACUUACGGUCUUCAAAUAAAAACAUCUUGAAGGUCCCAGGCCACAGAGAGGUUAGGCUGGCCUCGACUAGAGCCAGGGCUUUUUCAGCUGCGGCUCCAACCUGGUGGAACGCUGUGUCACAAGAGACAAGGGCCCUGCAGGACUUGACAUCUUUCCGCAGGGCCUGCAAGACAGAGCUGUUCCACCAGGCCUUUGGUCAGGCGCAGCCUGACUCCCUCCUUUGGCAAUCUUUACAAAACUUUAGUUUAUGGUUGCCAUCAAUUUUGAUUUUAAUUAAUUUUUAUAAUGUUUUUAUAAUGUUGCACUAUUUUAGUGUUGUUAGCCGCCCUGAGCCCGGCUUCGGCUGGGGAGGGCGGGAUAUAAAUAAAAAAAAAUAUUAUUAUUAUUAUUAUUCACUGUAGUCAGUGGCGUCGCAACAGGGGCGGUGUGGGCGGUGUGCCCUGGGUGCCAUGUCGGGGGGGGUGACAAGAAGGCACCUCGCGGGGGCUCGUGACGGUGCGAGCAGCCAUUGCGCCGCCACAGCCACAUGUGGAGGAUGUGUAGCGACGCCGCACAUGCGCCGUACAUAGCAGUUUGCUGCCCUGGGUGUCACGACGCCUUCGUUCGCCCCUGAUUAUAGUGGCAACAUUUUGCAGUUCACCUAUGGAAUAUGUUUUUGUGAUUUAUUUUGUUUUGUUUUUGUUUUUGCGCAGUUACCUCAUCGCCGAGUGACAUUCUCUGCAGCCAAUCAGGCGCAAGAUCUGCAGGACCCCUCCCAACACAGUUACUAUGACAGUGGCCUUGAGGAGUCAGAAACACCAAGCAGCAAGUCGUCAUCGGGGCCCCGCAUUGGACCACUGGCUUUGCCGGAGGAUCACUAUGAGCGCACCACGCCAGACGGCAGCAUUGGGGAAAUUGAGCACCCUGAGAAUGGUAAGGACCCUGCUCAAAAUGGCUAAGGCUCUUUAGGAAACCCACCAGUAUGAGUAGAUCUGGGUCCCACUUGCCAAAGAGCGUUCACUGCUGCUACCAAAGCAAGGAACAGAACAGGAUUGUGCAUCGGACAUGAACAGUGGCGGGGAAAUACUUUAAUAGUAAAUUUGCUGUAAAAAUUUGGGACAGAUCAAUAUCCAAAGAGUAGAUAGGGGGAGGAAUGAAAGGAGCAGAAGACACAGAGAGAGGGUUUCAGGACAUGAGUUUGUAGCAGACUAUUCAGCGUAUGGAUGGAUUUACUCCAUACCAUUCCAUGAGUUUGCUAUGAUCUGCAUUCUGUUCAGUCUACCUUCCCACCUAGCUUGGUGUAAUUCUCAACAUAAUUUCUGAUUUGGUGCAUGCCUUUUUUUUGUGCACCGUUUUCAGUUUGCAUCUGUGUUCUUGCUGCUGGUGGUUACUGAUGCACACCAGAACAUAUGCACAGGGCAAAAAGGGACCUUGGUGUGAUGACACAAUAGGAUUCGCAUUCCUUUCCGUGUUGUAAAUUAGUCAGUCCCCAGAUGUACUGGUGCACAUCUGUAAACAGUAAGAAAAGAAGAUGCAGCCUGUGGACCUCAGAAAACUGCAAAGUCCAGAAAACAAAGUGGAAGAAUAGCAUAUCCCUAAUGCAUCAACAUGGGACACGGGUGGCGCUGUGGGUUAAACCACAGAGCCUAGGACUUGCCAAUCAGAAGGUUGGCAGUUCGAAUCCCCGCGAUGGGGUGAGCUCCCGUUGCUCAGUCCCAGCUGCUGCCAACCUAGCAGUUCGAAAGCACGUCAAAGUGCAAGUAGAUAAAUAGGUACCACUCCAGCGGGAAGGUAAACGGCGUUUCUGUGUGCUGCUCUGGUUCGCCAGAAGCAGCUUAGUCUGCUGGCCACAUGACCCGGAAGCUGUAUGCUGGCUCCUUUGGCCAAUAAAGCGAGAUGAGCGCCGCAAGCCCAGAGUCGGCCACGACUGGACCUAAUGGUCAGGGGUCCCUUUACCUUUAAUGUAUCAACACUUAUGUAGAAAUGAGAUCAGGUAAUUUGCAACCCCAAAACACAGACAGAAAUUUUCAUGUUGAGCAGCAGCUCAGGUACAUGCUUGCCUUUGGCUGCUAAGGAUUAAGGAAGUAGGAGGGAAGAAAAAGAGGAGGCCAAAAAUAACCCACCUCAAUUUAUUAUUAAGAUUUCCAGCACCACUUGAAUGAAAUAAUGCACCCCACUGAAUUUUAAUGGCGGGGCGAGGGGCAACAGGAGGUUAAGUAACAGGGAGAUGAGAUGUUUGUGUGUGUGUGUGUGAAAAGUUUUGAGUGUGAGUGUGCUUUGAGGGAAUGUGUGUAAAAGAGAGUUGUGGGUGAUCCUGAAAGAGAGAACUGUGGCUUAAGGAAUGGUUUUGUGCAUUUGGCAUCAGCCCCCACCUCUGCCUUUGUCCUUGGGUUCUGGGGCAAGUUAACUGUCUCCUUAGCUAGUAUCACCACUUUUCCUUCUGUGAAAUGGGUUCCUGUUGGAGCAUAAAACUGGCUUAAAAGAGGUGAUUUUGUGCAUUGGGUAUCAGAUCCUUUCCCCUGCCUUGCACUCAGGUUUGGGGACACAUACGUUUCAUGGUCUUGCAGAGAGAUUGUUCGUUUGUUUAUUAAAUUUAUAGCCUGCCCUUCCUCCUGCAAGGAACUGGGGGGGGGGGGAAUAUAUAUAAUAUACCUGCAUUCAGGUGUUACAUGAUGGAUGCUGUGCUAAAAUAUAGUAUCCACAAGUAAAUCCAGUGCCAGAAACAAGUAAAAAGAUGUCUGAAAGACAAGUAUAUGAACAGGUAAGGCUUGCCUCACAAUUGUAUUUCCAUGCUAGAAAAGGCUUGCCCUGUUUAAUUUGUGCCAGCCACACAGUUGUUAAAAGCACAAGAAAUCAUUCACUUUGUUCCUGUUCCUGUACGUCUCACUGCCAGCUGCUCCUGUUGGAAGAGAACAAAUCUCUUAAUCAGGGAAGAUACAGAAAAUCCCUCACAUUCCUUCCUUCUGGUUGCUUAGCAACAGUGAUUAAGUGACGAAGCAUCCUUAGCAACAGCGGUGCCUCCAUAUCUGCCUAAUAAACCUUAGAAUGUUGCCUCCAUGUUCUGCUUUCUUUAAAGAUGUCGAACUGACUCCUUUUUAAAAAUGUAAGCUAGGAGCCCAAUGGAGGCAGGGAGAGAAUGAACUUGAAGAUGAACUAGAAAUUAUUCAAAGUUCCACUCCAAAAUGAACUUAAUUCACCUUUAGUUUACCUGGCAACUUUGGGAAACUACUUUUGUGUGUAGUUCAGAUUUUAUUUUUUUUAAGCUAGUUCAGUGAACUUGGUUCAACUAAAGGAGUUCAUUCCAAGCAUUGAGGAUCCCUCCACCUUGCUCUGCAAUAGUACCUCAAUCCAGGCUAGGUGCUGGAUUUAAGGUGCUGCCUUAAAUGUACCUAACAUAAUGUAACAUAAGGAAAAAGGAUAAGUCCCUCAUUUGAUGAUUUUAUUCACUAAGCAAGUCCAGGUAUUUUAUGUCCACCAAAAAUCCAUAGCUGACAGCUCCAACUGGUUUCCCUCAGACCUUCAGAAUAUCUUGAAGAACAACAUUUUUGAGCCAUUCUGCAAGUUUCGCAAACCAUUUUGAUAGAAUUGGGUGGUAGAAUUCUAGACACCGGGUGAUAUUCAACUAAGUUUUACUUAAAGUAGACUCACUUGUUGAAGUUCAUGGGCCUAAGUUAAGCCAUGUUCAUUAAUUUCAAUGGGUUUACUCUCAGUCAAACAUCAGAUUGCAGAUGGGGGGUGGAAAGGAUCAUAUUUUUGGAUACUUCCUCACGUAAAAAUUCCCUACAUGUAAGCUCUGGGGAGGGGAAUGAAAUUGGACAAAAUACCUGUCGAAAUUCAAUAUACCCUGUCCAUUUAUUAUUCAUUACAUUUAUUUAUAUCAGGAUACAAAUCCUCCCAAUGUAGCUUUGAAGUAACAUAAAGAUACAUCAACAAAAUCACAAUAAUAAUAUUGUUUACUCUUUUUAUCCACACACCAUAGUACAGUAAUGUACGCAUGCAUCUGUAUACCAUUGCACUAUAAGAACUAUAAGUUGCUGUUGUUUAGUCGUUUAGUCGUGUCCGACUCUUCGUGACCCCAUAGACCAGAGCACGCCAGGCACUCCUGCCUUCCACUGCCUCCCGCAGUUUGGUCAAACUCAUGCUGGUAGCUUCGAGAACACUGUCCAACCAUCUCGUCCUGUGUUGUCUCCUUCUCCUUGUGCCCUCCGUCUUUCCCAACAUCAGGGUCUUUUCCAGGGAGUCUUCUUUUCUCAUGAGGUGGCCAAAGUAUUGGAGCCUCACCUUCAGGAUCUGUCCUUCCAGUGAGCACUCAGGGCUGAUUUCCUUAAGAAUGGAUAGAUUUGAACUUCUUACAGUUCAUGGAACUCUCAAGAGUCUCCUCCAGCACCAUAAUUCAAAAGCACCAAUUCUUCGGCGAUCAGCCUUCUUUAUGGUCCAACUCUCACUUUCAUACAUCACUACUGGGAUAACCAUAGCUUUAACUAUACGGACCUUUGUCAGCUAUAUAGUGAAUUCUUAAUGAGUGGCUGGACUUCAGCUCCUGCACAGAAGCAUCCUCUUUGCAAAGUUUUCACAUUUUGCAUUUCCACUUACUGUGCUGUAGUAUUUGCAGAAAAUAACUUCGGAGGAGUCCCUGUUCUCAGGUGAACCAUCAUAGUAAACAUGUAGCCUAGCUUCUAAGAUGAAUGGAAGGGUUGGCUCCAGGUUGUUGCAGUUCUUUGGGCAACCAAACAUUAGUAGACCCCCUUUGGUACCACCCCUUGCUUCUUGUUGAUUUGGAUCCUGAACCAAAAGCAUAGACUUCUCUAUUGGACUGCUCCAUUAAUUAUGCUCUCUUUGUGUCAAUAGUGUUUAUAUCCUUCAAACUAUACAAAUCCCAUUACUGAAUAUUCCAAAUACACUUACCAAGGAAGAAGCCCCCACACUGAACAUAGUGGGACUUAAUCCUGAGCAGACAUACAAAGCAUUCUGUGGCACAGAUCUGCUGCAAAGUGCACUCUUUGCCUGCCAGCCUGAAAUUCCAGUGGGUGGCUAUAGACCGUGAGGAAAGAUGGAUCUGAGAUUUGGAGGUGAUGCCAUCUAAGGAGGGAAGAACUCACAAUAGCAAGGGGAAGAAAGAGAGACAUGAUUAGGCUGGAAACAGAAGGUGGAGAAGCAGGGAGACCCUGAGGGUUUUGCUAGGCUUGCUUGCCAAGAGAGAAGGGAGAUUUAAUACCUGUCCUUGGGUAUUGUCCCUUAAUGGGUUGGCGUCAAGGCAGUAGAAACAAUUGAAACAAUCUGUCUUUGUUUUGCACCACCUGCAUGCUCUCUCCUUCUAUCUUAACCACUGAUUAUCCAAUGCCUGAAACCUUUGGGUUGUAGCCAAUGUUAUUUCUACUCAGAGUAAACCCACUGAAAUGAAUCGACAUGACUAGCUUAGCCCCAUUAAUUCCAAUGCCUUACAGGCCUCUUCCAAUUCCUUCACUGGGGAUCUGUUUGCAGGCCUGUUGCCUGCUGCGUUUACCUCCAAAUCUUUUCCCUGGAAUGCUUCUGAAUCUGAGGCAGGGAGGGCAACCAAAAUGAUCAAAGGUCUGGAAACCAAGCCUUAUGAGGAACGGUUGAGGGAUCUGGGUAUGUUUCGCCUGGAGAAGAGGGGACUGAGAGGAGAUAGGAUAGCCAUCACUAAAUAUAUUAAGAGUUGUCACAUGGAAGAUGGAGCACUCCUGCUCUGGAGGGGAGGACUCCAACCAGUGGCUUUAAGUUACAAGAAAAGAGAUUCCAGCUAAACAUCAGGAGGAACUUUCUGACAGUAAGAGGUGUUGAAUGGACUCAGAAGGUGGUGCACUCACCUUCCUUGGUGGCUUUUAAGCAGAGAUGGGAUGGCCAUCUGUCAACGAUGCUUUAGUUGAGAUUAUUGCAUUGCAGGGGGUUGGACUAGAUGACCCUCAGGACCCCUUCCAACUCUACUAGCUAGCUAUUAUUCCUAGCUCUGGGCUUAGGGAAUAUAUUGUUUCCAGCUGCGGCGUUUUCCGUUUAUGGGUCCCUCCUGCUGCAAAUGCAAAACAAACAUUAGCAGCAUCAAUAGAUGCUUAUUCUGUCAGGGAAUAAAUGCAAAAAAAUGUAAUUGCACACUGCACAUUAAAGGAAAAGCUCAUUAGCAGUAAAUGCUUUGAAACAAACACUGGGGGAAAGGUGCUUUCAGGAAAGGCAUCACCAAAUGUUCUGCACCGGUGCGGGCAGUAAUAGAUGUCAACAGUAGCAGAAUGUAAGCAUCAUAGCCAGACACUGGAGGGACCUGUCAGAAGUAAGCAUGGACCAAUGGUACCAAAUAGUAUGGGAAACAGCCCUACUUGAAAAAUUAACCAAUAAACUGAAACCGACACGGGGACAAAUAGAAGAUGACACCUUCACCCUGGUAUGGCUCCCCUUUAUCACAUACACAGCCCAACAAGACAACGACAAAAACCCACCAACAGCAUACAAAUCAAUAUGGCUAACCUGAUCCAAAACACCCACCCACCCCACUCACACACGAAAACAAAGAUCACCACAGCCAACCACAAAUGAAUAACCACACCCUCAGCCAAUCCCAACCUCUCUCACCACCAAAGGAACACAAGCGAACAGCAAAGAACCUGCACAAGCAAUGCUGACACCAAACCCUACAUAUAGUAGUAAAGUAGAAACAUUGCCACCUGACCUCACCCCCACCUAUCUUUCCCCCCUCCACCUCUUUCCCCCUUUUCUUCCUAAUGUCUCAACAAAUGAAACUGAUUUGUAAAAAUGUUACAUGGGGAGGGGGGGGCAAGAGAGAGACAUUGCAAACACUUUUGUUAAUCAAGAAAAUCUUUAAUAAUUAAAGAACAGUAGCAGAAUGUCUCAUAAGGGGGCCUCAAAUAAACAAUCACUAGCUGCUCUUCCCCAAUAGAAACUUCUAAGGUCCCUAUGGAAAUCUGAGGGUACUUUGCAAGACCCAACCAUGUCAUUACAAUCUUAGUACCGACGAGCUCAGACCCGGAUGGCAGACUCAGGAGGGAGCUGAGUCAGAGGUUGGAGGAGAUGGAAGCAGUGGCGGAGGAACCCUCUCUGGCACCCGGGGCAGGGUAGCCCGUACGUAUUGCGCAUGUGCGGCUCUCUUGCACCAUCUCAUACGGGCAUCCGUACGGGCUGCCUCUUGCACGACGACCACACGGGCUGCUGCACAUGCGCACUCCAUUCAGGAUGCCAGACAUGCGCACUCCAUACAGGAUGCAGCACAUGCACAGUCCGUAUGGGAUGCUGCUCAUGCAACAGCCUGUACAGUCAUCGUGCAAGUGGCAGCCUGUACGGACUGUGCAUGUGUCGCAUCCUGUAUGGAGUGCGCACACGCGGCAGCCUUUGCAGUCAUCGUGCAAGAGGUAGCCCAUACGGAUGGUGCGAGAGAAGGUCAGCCCGUACGGACGCCAUGCGCCCUUGGCCGUUCUACAUCGGGGGGAGGGCAGGAGCCAUCUUGUCACACACACCCCCAGAAUGGCACCUGGGGCAGCCCGCCUCCCACUUCGUAUGCCCCUGGAUGGAAGCCUUUCCCUCUCUCCAAACACGUACGGCCCCAAAGUUGAGACAGGAGUUCCACCCUCUUCCCCGCUUCGUGUGGGGGAAAGAGUGCUGUCGGAGUCUGGGGAGGGCUCUGAGCCACAGCCUGGGGUGACUGAGCAGGAGGGAGAGGUGGAGGCCGGUCCAGCGCUCUCUCCCAGGGGAAGGCAGCACCUAUGGGGAGGCAGGAGACCCAACCAUCUAGAUGUAGCACCUGCUUGGAGGCAAGACCUGCAAGGAGAGAUUCUCAUGAGUAAGGACUGCACCCCACCUCAGCUUUAAAGCUUGGCUGGUGGGUGUGAAUACUUGUUGGAACAACUUCUCAGCUCCCACGAAGUCCGGGACUCCUUCUUGCUGAUCCUGGAUUCACAAGCCUUGGCCCUGGUUCUUAGGCUCACGCCCCAGGUGCCUUUCCACCUGCAUGCCUGUUUUUAUUGAAUUACCGCAUUUUUCGCUCUAUAAGACACACCAGACCACAAGACGCACCUAGUUUUUGGAGGGGGGAAACAAGAAAAAAAAUAUUCUGAAUCUCAGAAGCCAGAACAGCAAGAGGGAUCACUGCGCAGUGAAAGCAGCAAUCCAUCUUGCUGUUCUGGCUUCUGGGAUAGCUGCGCAGCCUGCAUUCGCUCCAUAAGACGCACACACAUUUCCCCUUACUUUUUAGGAGGAAAAAAGUGAGUCUUAUAGAGCAAAAAAUACAGUAGUUUCCUUGGGACCUUUGAAUCUGUUAGCUCAAAGGGCAGAGUGGUCUGUGCUGUCUGCUUUCCCUGCUGCUCAAUCUGUUCAGCUGCUUAAUUUGCCUGUUAGUUUGGGUCUCCCCAGGCCCAGUCCAUCCCUCUAAUCUUUACACAAAUGUGCCUGGCCCACAGUUUGGGAUUCGAUGUGUGAAAAUGCAGGUUAGGAGCACAAACUUUGUCAAUUUGGAAGGGGGGGGGAGAAGACUGUAAAAGGUGUUGAUAUGAAUCAGAAUAACUCAUGGGUUCCAGAACUGGCUGUUUCUGGGGGAGGCCAGGAUCAGGUCUUGGAGAGAGCAUUGCCCUUCUUUGGUGGUGAAAGCCCCAUGGGAUGGCUGGAUGGAUAGGUAGGACAGUGAACGCUUAGGGAGUUGAGAGUGGGGCUGUAUCCUGAGCAGUUCCGGAUUUACGUAUGAGCUAAACAAGCUAUAGCUUAGGGCCCCACUCUCUUGGGACCCCCCCCAAAAAAUUAAAGGAAAGAAAAAACUGGAUGUACAUUUCCAAAAUAUAAGAUAAAAAGCAAAGAAAAUAAAACCUACAUACAGCAACAGGGGCAAGUGGCAUUUGAUACCCAUUAGGUCCACAAAUGACCAUAUAUCAUAUAUUCAACACAAAAAGCAGCGACAAUUUGUUGUUGACAAAGGACAGCUGGACAUAGAAAGGGCCCCGUGACCUUCAUUAGCUUAGGGCCUCAUCCAACCUAAAUCCGGCCCUCAUCCUGAGUGACCCUCUCCUCCUUUUUCUGCUCCUCAUUAGUGUCCCCUGAAUGGAGCAGACUGUGAAGGGGGCUCUGCGCCCAGGUAGGUGUGCAUGGCUUUCCAGGGAGAGCGUGGGCGCAGGGACCUACGAAUCCCACACACGCCUUGAGAGGGUUGCGGGGAGGCAAUGGACGUGGGGCUCUAGGAAGCCCAGCCCCGCUUGGAGCAGCAUGGAGAUGUUUUGGGAGGCAGCAUUGGGAGAUGGAACAAGGGCACUGCUGGCAAACUGGCGUGGGUGGAAGUGCGAGGAGAGAGAGAGAGAGAGAGAGAGAGAGAGAGAGAGGUGCUUCCGCUUUGCUGCUACCAAAAAUGGGGCAAAACCAAACAGAAACGUUCAGUGCUGCACGACUUGGGGAAACGCAUGCUCUUGGGGGCAAAGAGUGCAACAGGCGACAGCCGAUGCAAUUUCAAAAGCUAAGGAAAAGAGGAUACUGGCAUGUUCUGAGUCUCCCUGCAGAUAUAUUAUCCAGUCCCUUUGCUUUUUCUUCCCUCUGUUGUUGCUGGAAUCUCUGGGUGACGGAAAGCAAAGGGAAAGGGAGGUGGCUGAGCUCAUGAUUUCCAUCUUUAUUGUUCUUCAUUGAUUUGCUUAUUCAUUAAAGUGUUUUAGUCUGCUUUCCCAUCUGCGUGAAUCCUAUGCAGUGAUUAUAGUAUAUAUCACAAAUGCCAAUGGGCAAGAGGAAUCAGUCUUGGCAUUUUGGGCGUGGUUAUGUGGGAGGGCAGGAAAGGUGAUCCACGUGAUCCCUUCAGACAAAGCAGUGAACCAGUGGAGCAUUCAGAAGUAUAGAUGUAACACGAUUUCCUGGUAAGCAUAAGCAUAAGCCUUAGGGGACAUUAGCAGAGCUAGCAUUGGAGUGCUCAGGAUGGGUGGCAGAAGGGGAUAUUUUAUUUUAUUUUAUUUUAUUUUUUAUAUUUUAUUUUAUUUUAUUUUAUUUUUAUAUUUUAUUUUAUUUUAUUUUAUUUUAUUUUAUUAUUGAUAGUGUAUCUGCCUGCAGUCUGCAGCACACCAGUAUUUUAUAGCCUUUUACAAGUUGUUAGGGCAACUUUAAAGUGGGACAGGGCAAAUUUCCAUAAGAUAUUACAUACACACAUACACACACACAAUAUCGUAGACUGACUUGUCCUUCCUUAAUUGGUAGUGACAAUAAUUAGCGUGGAUAAUUGGUGUCUGAGCUUGCAGGAAUGGGCCCAUAAAUAGAGAUAUUGCAGGGUAUUUUUAAGCAUGUAUAGUAGUGGGGAAUUCUCCUCCUCCAGCCCUUGUGAAUUGCCUUCUAGUGAGCUCAAAGUGUUGCCACUUUUCUGUUUGUCCAGCCUACUUCCCUUGGCCCACCUCACCCAUUCUGUGCCCCUUCUUAGUAAAGGCAAGCAAUUGCAGGUGAUGGAAUCAUUUGAAAAAACCAAACACAGCAAAUCCCCCUCCACUGAAGCUUCACAAAGCAGUGAGGUUUCUGAGGGGGGCAGCGGGAGGGAGGGAGGGAGAAGCAUCCAUGGCUGGAAAGUCAGAUGGCGCAGAAUGCAGAAAAUAUCAACUUGGGCGUGCAGUUACUAUUUUGGAAAUAUGGAUGUUUUUAUUUAAAUGUAAAUACUAUUUUUUUAAAAAAUCACAUUUAAAUUAAAGUACAUUUAUCACAAUAUUGCUUCGUAGUGUGGGUUUUAUUUUAAUGGAAGGCUAAGCCCUCCUCUUUGCAUGAUUAAAAAUGCCCUUCCCCAGUGAAAAAUUCUUUUUAUAAAAGCAUGGCGAGAGAUCUGUUAUGCACCUUUGGCCCAAACAGCUACAGUUGGGCAGAAGCAAUAAACACCUAAAAGCAGAAACAUAAUUUAUUUAAGUAGUCUGAGCUACUUUUUCUUUUCCAUCUAGGCAUCCCUGCGAGAUAGGCCAGCAUGGGACAGAAUGAUUGUCCAAGUCCCCUGGCAGCCUUCACAGCUGAGCUGGGAGCUGAAUCCAGGUUUCCCUGGUUGAAGUUCCACUCCAGCCUCUGCACCAUAAUACUAGUGAGGUGCCUUGCAAGUACUUAGGCAUCUAGGGUUCAGUUCUGUGCAUGGAAAUAUUCUCAUCACAACAUACAUAUACCGUAUUUUUUGCUCUAUAAGACUCACUUUUCCCUCCUAAAAAUUAAGGGGAAAUGUGUGUUCAUCUUAUGGAGCAAAUGCAGGCUGCACAGCUAUCCCAGAAGCCAGAACAGCAAGAGGGAUUGCUGCUUUCACUGUGCAGCGAUCCCUGUUGCUAUUCUGGCUUCUGAGAUUCGGAAUAUUUUUUUCUUGUUUUCCUCCUCCAAAAACUAGGUGCGUCUUGUGGUCUGCUGCAUCUUAUAGAGCGAAAAAUGCGGGUAUAUGUGUGUGUUUUUCUAUGUCCACGUCAGCUGUAGCCUAGGCAGAGGAGCAGCUGCCACCUUGGGGAGCAGCCACUGGUUUUUGGUGCGCAGGUGCCCCCUUGGGAAGGAGAGGUGGGCUCUGCUGGCAAAUAAAGGAAAUCUGGCUGAAAUGAAAACUGGUACUACGAUCCUGUAGGGUGUGGGGUCGGGGGUAUGUUUGUGCAUAUGCACAUGUGCAAAAAACCAAACCAAACCAGAGGUAAACAGAAAGACAGAGUUCUUUAGACUGGCCUAAGCUAUAGGCUUGGUUUGCACAUGAAGGUAAAUAAGAUGAAAGAAUCCUGGAGGAGGUAGACUGUAUAGCCAUUUCAGACUGUAAGUGGGAGGAAUGCCAAUUUUUUAAAAAAAUAUAUAUCUGCAGGUAAAAAAACAAAACCUUUCGGGAGAAAUUUUCUCUCUAGCCUUUUCUCUCCUUUGCUGUGUUUUCUGCAUGUAAAGAUUUUCCUAAUGUAGAAGAGUAGUCACACAUCUGAUCCCUCUUCUACAGUCUGAAGUGUUAGCAUUCACUUUGCCCCAUCUGGACUCGGUUAUAUAUCAGUCCAGCCUCAUUCUGUUGUCUGGACCAGGCCUCAGUCUUUUUGCCUGGCAUAUAGUAAUACAAUGGGAAACGGGUGGCGCUGUGGGUUAAACCACAGAGCCUAGGACUUGCCAAUCAGAAGGUCGGCGGUUCGAAUCCCCGCGACCGGGUGAGCUCCCAUUGCUCUGUCCCUGCUCCUGCCAACCUAGCAGUUCAAAAGCACGUCAAAGUGCAAGUAGAUAAAUAGGUACCACUCCGGCGGAAAGGUAAACGGCGUUUCCGUGCGCUGCUCUGGUUCGCCAGAAGCAGCUUAGUCAUGCUGGCCACAUGACCCAGAAGCUGUAUGCCGGCUCCCUCGGCCAAUAAAGCGAGAUGAGCGCUGCAACCCCAGAGUCGGCCACGACUGGACCUAAUGGUCAGGGGUCCCUUUACCUUUACCUUUAUAGUAAUACAACUCACCUAACCCAUGAGGACUAGUGCUUUGCUUGACUCUCUAGUCAGUUGCAGACCUUGGGUCCUCAACUUUCAGCGGUGCCCUGCGCAGCACCAAAAUUUGGCACCCUCUCGCCUUGCAUUCUGCAUCCUAGUGGUGCCACACACCCCCAAGCUUCUGUGCCCAGAGUGUCUGAACCAGCGGUGCUCCCCUAACUCUGCCUCUGCUCCAGUCCUCACUUCUGGUACUUCUUCUGUGAGGAAUGCAGCGCUGCAAUAAUGGAAAAGACUGGUGAGGAAGAUGGCUCCUAAGGGUGUGUACUCCCAGGCAUGAUUUGCCUGAAGUUUGGCCAUAGCAGCUUCUCACACUGCGCACUGUGUCUCUAUGCAUGUUUAAUCCUCUUCCCUCGCCUUCCUUUUUAUUGUUGUUGUUGUUGUGUUGUGCAGAUCUCCGGCCUCUGCCUGACGUAGCCAUGACAGGGAACUGCACCCGGGAAUGCACAGAGUUUGGUCACUCUGACACCUGCUGGAUGCCAGGUCAGUCCUCUCCAAGCCGGAGGCCCAAGAACGCCCUCAAACUCUCCACAUUUGUGCCUUAUCAAGACAGAGGGAGUCAAGAACAAGUUGGGAAUGGCAGCCCCAGACUCUCAGAAGAGCGCAACACCAAAAUGGCUAACCUCCACCUGCUCCCCACGUACAGUGCCUUCUCCAACAGUAGCCAUGAGCCCUGCAAGGACUCCCCCAUGGAGGAAAUCCCUCUGACCCAGACCUCGGACUUCCAGGCAGCCACCACACCAUCGUCCCAAACUGCCAAGCGGGAGAUCUACCUGUGAGAUGAAGAGGACCGUGGAAGGUGCCUGCGAAACACCUCAGACCAGUGUCUGGAUUUCAAAGAAGAAUAAAAAGAAGGGACUUUUCAAACUGUGAUGCUUUAUCGCUCGCAUUGGUGGUUCUGUGCCUGCCAGGUGAGAAUGCCUUGCCCGGGCCCUGGGCACAGGAACCCUUUUUUAUGAACUCAUUGCUCCCAGGGCAAGAGAACCGAUGUCAACAUGAAUUACCAAGCUCUCAGUAGAGUGGUCCCUAGAUGCCUGGAAAGAGGGAGAGAGGAACGUAGCGAAGAGGUCUUGGCCUCAUGGCUUCAGGGCUGGGGGUGGGGGGAAGGGCUGAGUUACCAAAGGUCCACGUAGACUUGGUGGAGUCCAUUGGGCACAGGGCCAAGGGCACCUGGCACAGGUCCAGGGGGAAAAGCUGCCUCUCUUGUUACUGUAGACUCCUGUAAAUAUGAAUCUUAGGAAUGACAUUUGCGUCCUGCCUGAUCAGAAGUUUUAUUGUCCUUGAAACAAAAAGACUUUGAAACAAAACAAAACCACAGGGAGCAAUUUCCAGCUUGAAUCUUUCACCACACAGAAGAGCACAUGGGAGCAAGUGCUUCCAAGCAGCCCACCCUCGCCUUCCACAGUGUAAAAAAGGAUGGGGCACUGGCUGGUGAGGGGAGAGCUCUGGCCGGUCGCCAGGACUGGGCGGAAGGGCAUUGCAGAGCUUUCAACCCCAAUCUCUUUCCAGACUUCAGCAACUCUUCUCGUCACAUGUGAGGAGGAGCCUUAGAGCUGCUGGUUGUGGCUUUCAUCUGGUCCUCCUUUGCCCCUGCCCCCUGGACAGUGGAGCUAAGGCCAGCUGGAAAGGUGGAAGAGACGUCCAACCCCCAAACUUCCCAGUAUCUCUUCUGCCUCACGCGAGGCAGGGAACUCCCAUGGGGUCACUGGGCCCCAGCGCCAUGAUCCCGGCCUUUGAAAAGUCUGCCUGUAAGCCACCAUUGCCUUUGUGAAUGGAGCUUUGACUCAGGGUCACAUUGGGGGCCACGAGGCCUCUGUAUGCUGGAGUCACCCCCCUCCCUCCCUCUGCCUUGAGACCAGAGAGCCAGCCUCAAGGGCUCCAAUGUUCUCUUUGGGUGCCACAGGUUUAGCCACAUAGGAACUCUCUGGUGGUAUCGUGGUUCCAGCAGGGCCCUAUAACAAAUAGUGGAACUACCCUUGGAAGCAUUGAUCCCCGCAGUGGGUUGUCCCCUUGGAUGGGUGAAAAGACCAGCCCCAAUUGGGCGGCGGGCACUCUUCCACCUCCAGCCACCCAUGGGCUGCUCAAGUAACUUGGUUCUUCAGUUGCUCGUAGGUGUCCUGACUUAAUUGGACCUGGCUCCAUAUAGCCAAGAGCUCGUGGCCAUCCCUGCCCAUCAACGUGUCCACCCUGUGAGCGGUGGGGCUUCACUCCAAUCUGCAUGGCAAUGGAGGAUACAACUGUUUGUCCCGCACAACAUUCAUUGGUACAAACUCCAGUGUGGGACCUCUGUUCACCUGACCACUGAUACUUCUUGGGCCCGGCUCAGCCCUCUUGGUCCCUGCAUUGGACUUGGUUCUUCUGGUGCCCAUAGACCCUGCCCCCUCCCCACAUUUUGCCAUGGGUCAUGGAUGUGUUCUUCUUAGCUGGGCUGCAGGAGGCAGACUGGUCGUCACCCUUUGCUGUGUCUCUGUUCAACUUUCUCUGUUGCAUGGAUCUGGGGAGAAGGGGGGGAAGCACCUCGUGGUAUCUGCAGGGAUACUUCUCCUUAGCUUUUGUGGUACAGUUGUGUGUGUGCGUGUGUGUCCGGGCUGACAGUCUGGAAGCAGGUAGGUGGGGAGGGGCAGUCUCCAAGUUCCUCAGACUGAACAGCCAGGCCAGAGCCAGAAGCUUUAUAGGACCCUCUUGUCCCAUUGUGUCAUCUGGCUCCCGCCAAGUAGGUUGCUAAACUAUCAUCUUCUGACCAUCGGCAUUGGUGACACCAAAGUGUAGAACAGAGCAAACAAGCAGCUUCCUUCAACGGCUGCCACCAACCAGAGAAUUAGGUGUCUGGAGUACUAGAGUCCUCCAUUUGCGAUCCCUGGUGACUUGCAGUCUGCACGAGAGCAAAGGACUUUCCUGGUCUUUUGCCUACACUCUCUGAGACUCAGGGCUGGUCCAGAAGCAACUCACAGAUGGUAGGGGGUGCCUUGCACUACCUAUUUAUUCUGGUACCAAGAGGCUGGGUGGCCAGUGGUGAGCUUUGACCUCAAAGGAGCUGGAAACGGCUGUUCUUUCCAUACCCACUCAAACACAAGCUUAUAUCUGCUCUGCCCAGGGAUCAAAGGGAUUUCAGCCACCCAUCCUGAACCAUACAUUGUCCUUUCCAGACACUUUAAAGUGCCACUCUAAGGUGGAGAGGGGGCAGGACCCUCUUGCUCUUCCAUAUUCGUACUUCCCUGCUGUGGAAGGCAUAGAUGGGAGCCAGGCUCACUCACCAGAGAAUACCUGUGGUUCCCAGGUAAGGUUACCUUAUUUCAUUUUUAAUAAUAAUAAUAAUAAAAAUGCCUAUGGAAUGGGACAUUCAAAUAGGCCUGUCCAUAAGUUGGGCCUGCUGAAAGAAAGCAAAAAGAACACAAUGGAAAAGCCCAAGCCUUUCGCUUGACAAUGGGCAUUUUAAGGCUGCCCUCAGCUGAACGCUGCUCCCAUCCUUGGAUGCAUUUGCCACAGGGCUCCAUGGAGCAAAAUGAGCAUGUACCAAGCAGGCUAGGGUUGCUUGUCCCCUUCUCAGUUAGGCAAAGGCCGAUACGUGAAUGUGAAUGACAGGCUGGAUCAAUCCACACUGGUGUAUCUGAUGGUAUCUGACAUGGUGUGUGUGUGUGCGCGUGUGUGUGUGUGUGUGUGUGUGUGUGUGUGUGUGUGUAAAGUCUUCCACCUCUUCCCUCUUGGUUUGCCCCUGGAAAAUCGGAUAAAAGAAGGCGGAGGGAGGAAAGAGAAGGGGGCUUGGUCUCUGGUCCCAUGAAGGAAAACCAUGAGGAAAACCACGUUCAAGACAUAGCUGCCUCCCGCGUGCGGCAGAAGAGGUGAGGAUGUUUUGGGGGGACAGCGGUAGUGCCAUUGGGCUGAAAGGCCACGGAAUAGGGAGGUGCCACAGGGUGGUGCAGGCGAUCUCCAAGAGCCCAGGUGCCACCAGGAGAAGCUCAUUUUGCACAAGUCAAAGCCAGAAGGAGAGAGCCUAUGUGCGCAGAGAUGGGGUGGGGAAGGAGGAGGAGCUCAAGGGUCCUGGGCUAGACAAGCACAUUGAAGGGCGAGGGGGGAGGGAAGGACACUUUUGAGCACUGCACUAGGACAAGCCAGGGGUAAAACCAAAGGUGGGAGGCCAGGCACAGGCCAGCUGUGUAAGAUGGAGCCAAGUGACCCCUUUGUAGCUCUUCGUGUUGGUUCUAUUUAUAUGAGAUUUCAGUUCCUUGCUUGUGAUGCCUUGUUUUUUGUACAGUUUUAUGUACAUGCAGGUGUAGCUUUUUCUAAAAGGAGGAAUCCUACGGCAGAAUAAAGAGUACCCAACUAUUUUUCAGAUGGUGACCUAUGUUUAGGCGCUGCCUCUCUUGCUAAGGUUGUAUUGCUCUCAAUGUGAUGCAUUCCCCUUGCACUGGGAAGGCUUUGGGCCCGGGGCUUCGUUCUCCCCAGGCGCCAUGAGCACAAUUGAUUCCCUUGUAAUCCUUUUUGUUUGGAACAGUGAGCAUGACACCUCGUGAGCCCUUUUCUGUUCUCUUCCAUUCUGUUUGUUUGCUGAGCUGUCAGAUGACAAACUCCACUGUAAUUAGCCCUCCCAAAGCUUUACAAUAAAAAUGUGAAAACCUUC